CUCUGAUUGGUGAUACUGUACUUCCGGUUUCGCCUUCGAUUGCGCUUUGCAGAAUUCUACUUACUUUUUUUUUUUUCCUCCCGGUUUAAAGAUGGCGGCGGAAGCCGAGUCCCUCUUCACGGCCAUCGGGCUGAGCGAGCAGAAGGCCCGCGAAACGUUAAAGAAUGAGGCGCUGAGCUCGGCCCUGCGGGAGGCCGUCCUCCAGGUACGGGCACUGUGUGAGCUCCCAUGGGGGCUGUCUGUACCGUGCUGGGGACACCUCCACCAUUGGGCUUCUCUGAACCCCCAGUCAGUGCAUUAUGAGUCACUCUGUCACAUGCAGACACUUAGUAUGGCUUUUAAUUUAAUUCACCAGCCACUGGAGAUUUACUCUCAGGAAAAGGGGUCACUUUUUGGGGUGGGGGCUAGGGGGGGUGCUAAUUUCCUAUUAAAGUUCAGAUAACUAAUUUCCUGUAUUCUACAACCCUUACUUUCAGGUUGGGAGGGGGAUUUUUCUUUUGUCUGUGGUUAUUUAGGAGAACAUUUAGUCCCCCCUCCCCCAAAUAACAAUGAAUUACCAUUACAGAACUAUAUGUUUACUUUAUAGUAAAGUGAUCACUGUCGACCUCAUUGCUCAGUAAGAUAAGUUAAAUAAAGAUUACGAACUUUGUUUCCAGUGCUGGGAUUCCUCCGCUGCAGCAUCCAGCUCCUCCUUCGGUGAUGUCAACAUUCAAGGUGGUGUCACCUGAGAUCUGCUCCAAUCCCUUGCAUUUUAUAGAGAAGUGACUAGAGGUGUAUUUAAAGGGACACUAUAGUCACCAGAACAACUACAGCUUUAAUGUAGUUGUUCUGGUCAAUAUAAUCAAUGCCUGCAGGCAUUUCCAUGCUUAGGCAGUGUUUACAUUGCCCCCUAGGAACCCCUCCAGUGACCACUCCUCAGAUGGCCACUGGAGGUGCUUCCUGGGGGAGUCCUGCACUGCCGUUAAGCGUUGACUUUUCCUCAUAGAGAUGCAAUGAUUCAAUGCAUGUUUAUGAGGAGGUACUAAUUGGCAUAGCUUGCAUUUGGCACCGCCUCCUUGCCAAUUUCAGCCAAUCCAAUGCUUUCACUAUGGGAAAGCGCCAAUGGGACAACUAUGUAUUCCUGACACUAUUGUGUUAGAGAUUCUAUAGUAUUGGGAAUACAAAAUUGAAAUCAUAACACUAUAGAGCCCUCUGGUGUCCCCCCUUCCUUCAGCAGGUAAAUUCCAGCAUUGGUGUCCCUAAGCACUAUGUCUUUGCUCUGCAUCCUCUUAUGUUAUCUGGAGGGAUCGGGGGGUGGCUAAUGCUUUCCUAUGGGGAUUUUACUGAUGCUGGAUGUCCUCAUCCAGAGUGUGAGGACAUCCAGCAUCAGUUAGACAACCAAAAAGUCUGUUAGAAACCAGUAAUUGCUAUUUAGGUGAACAGGCAGUGUUUACAUUAAAAAGCCUGAAGGGACAGGCUAUAGAAACCAUAAUCACUACAUUAAGCUGUAGGGGCUCUGGUGACUAUAGUAUCUUUUUUAAAGAAACACUCGAAACACUAUAACCAAAACAGCAAGCUGUUGCAGUUAUGGUGCCCUAUGAUCCUCAUGGGGGAACUUUUUAUAUCUUUCCUAUUAAGCCUUACUUUUUGAGGGUGUAAUUAUCUCACAUAGUCACAAUCUUUUGUCUCUAUUAUUUCAUUCAUUUUGUUAAAAUUAUGAGUUUAGUGCAUAACCCUUAGUGUCUCUCCUUCUGUUCCCCUGAUAGUUUUUGUGCAACAUCUGUGUGUAAUGUGUGUCUUAAGCCCCACCUUUUGUCAAGAUUGUUACAGGGAUACUCCUGGCACCCAGACCACUUCUGCCCAUUGGAGUGGCCAGGGUGCCAGCUCCCACUACCCUUAACCUUGCAAGUGUAAUUAUUGCAGUUUUCAUAAGCUGCAAUAUUUACCUUGCAGGGUUAAGUCCUCAACUAGUGGCUGUCUACUAGACAGCCACUAGAGGACACUUCCGUGUUCAUAGAACAUGAAAAGUGUGUUAUAACGACGCUGGACGUCUUCACACUAUGUGAGGACCUCCAGCGUUGCCAAACUCCCAAUAGGAAAGCAUUGAAAGCAUUAUUUAAUGCUUUCCUAUGGGGAGGUCUAAUGUGCGUGCGCAUUGCCGCGCAUAUGCAUUAUGUCUCCCUGGCUGCACGUGCGCAAUAGGUCUCCCCCGCCGACAGUGUGUGGGCGGACCCUGAACCAGCGCCGAGGGACAUCAGCACUGGAUACAGGUAAGUCACUGAAGGGGAUUUAACCCCUUCAGCAACUCUGGGUGGGAUGGAGAGGGGACCUGCAGUGCCAGGAAAACGGUUUGUUUUCCUGGCACUGGAGAGUCCCUUUAAGCCUAGGAAAAAUACAUGAGACAAACAAGUCCCUACUUUGUCUUAAGUUUUACAGAGAAAUAGAUCCGUACCUAAUGUGCAAGGAACGUUGUCAGUUCUGUACUCUAGCACAUGCCAGAGUACAGAACUGUGUUCUAUGGGUCUAUUCGACCAUCGGAGCGUCCAUAGGUCACGUCUCACACUUCGAGAGAUGUUGCCUGAUUCCCACAACCAUUGCUUGUGACCGUUGUUUGGAUUAGAGAAAUGUUCUCCUUUUUUUCAAUUUAGGCUUGCCCAUAUGACAAAGUAGUCCCUUUGUCUUAUGACCUAUUUGGAUUGUGUUUUUUUUUUUUUAAAUGUACAAUAUGUGAGCAUCCCUUUUAAUUAGUAAAUCUGGCUAUUUUAUCCACACCUUUUGCUGGACAGUUGUAAAACUGGAGCAUUUGGGUAUGCAAUCUCGCCUGAAAACUUUGUAGAAGAAAGGCUUGCACUACAGAGCUCUGUGAAUUCAACUGCUUUAAACCGUGUCUGGAGAACUGGUAGUAGAAAUCACUGAGCGUAGGCCACCACUUUCCAUUAAGCGAGAUUUUCUGCGUCUUGCUGCAGUUUUCCUUCUUAACUGUGUAGUGACAAUGUCCAAUUAACCUAAGGUCACUAUGCCCAAUGCCAGGCUUUGGUUAGAGCGGAAUUACUCUUGCUGCAAUUGGACUUUGGAGUGAUACAGUUCUGUCAUUAUCUGUAAUUCUAAAUUGUCUGGCUGCAUUGUGCCAGUUAAAGGGACACUGUGUCUGCUUCAUGUCAUUAACUGUUUGUAGUGUCUUAAGUCCACUGGUUCAGUUUUUAAUGCUAAACGAGUGUCCCCAGCAGCCCAUCCCAUCUGAGCUGCUUUAGCUAUGAGGAAGUAUUAGGCUGAGCAGCAAUGGGCAGCUGUGAAUGUCAGCUGACUGCUUUUAGCUUAUCAGAGGUCCCACUGAAUGACCACAGACGCAGGCCCGAAAAAACAUGGCACCUGAGAGGCCGCAUACCUCAAGCGUCUGACUCUUCCCAAGACGGAGAGGAGGCUUGGAGGUUGCAGGAAGCUAGCAAGGUGUACCAGCAGAUUAGCUCCGACUCAGACGUAUUUCCCUCUACCAAGGAAGACAUUAAAAAGCUCCUUCUGGAUCUGAGAGAGGUCUGGAAAGCUGACCUAGCCUGAGUGCAAGCGCAGGUUGGCGGGCUUCAGCAGAGGCUUGGAGAAGUCAAAUCUAGGGAAGGUGACCGGAAAUAGCGACUAACUGAAACCCAUUCCCAUUACAGCGCGACAACCCCGGAAAAAUAUCAGUUCGUGGAGUGCUAGAUUCUGUAGGCCCAGAGGCCUUGACGGACUACGUCCCCAAAGUUAUUAGGGUGAUGAAAGUAAAUAGAGACCGUCACCCAUUGUAUCAGCCUUCAGGAUCAGGAAAGCACCCGCUGACGUACCCAGAGACAUUAUAGCAUUUACCAGGGACAUUGCAGUGAAAAAGUCCAUCAUGGCCUGCUCCAGGAAGCACCACUACAGAAUCUCGAUAUUCUAUGACUUACCCUUCUCAGUCCUUAUGGAAAGACGCAAGUUUUUGCCUGUAGGGAACGCGGCAUAAAAUACCACUGGGGAGUUUUGGGAAUCCAUUGUGGUGCAGUGGGGAGACGCAGUCCAUGCCCUCUCACCUUCAGAAGACCCAGUGGAAGUCCUGAAGGGUCUCCAGUUGCUGCCAGUACAGCCUGGAAUUUAAGAGGAGAUAAAGGCUCAGAAAGCUACCAGCCUCAGUGUGGAACUGGAGCCUACUCCUUACGACUGCACUGUCCCCCCAUAGGACUCGCUAAAUGAUAAGCUGACCAGUCGGCAGGUCCCUACAACAGCCAUACUGGCACUCAUUACAUGCACUUAUAUAUGCACAAAACCUAACUAGAUCCAUCACUGUGAAUGUUAUUUUAAUUUUUUUUGUUAGUUUCUAUGUCUUCUUAUUACGACCUACAUGCAUAAUUUGAACAUUAUAUUUCUCUUAUUCUGCAAUUGCUUUGAUUUUCUUAUAUUGUGAAGCAUUACAAAUUUCAGUGACUAUGUCCACAACUAAAUAAAGAAAAAAACUAAAUCUUCAAAGUAGAGAAUACUUGCUUAUCUUGUUCACACUAUGUACAGCUUAAACUCUGAUACAUAAGGCCACAAAGACACAACUUCUUUUGAGAAGAUACUCCCCGUUUUUUUGGCACAUUUAUGCAACAGGCUAUGUUGAUAAUCCAAUGCCUGGCUCCUCUUAAUUAUAUUCACCUCCUUGGAACGAAAUAUUGGAGAAACCCUGGAAAUCCCAUUUGAGGGGUUGGCUAGACAUAUGGGGAAGCUUCUGAUAAGAUUUUUUUCUUUAUAUAUUUGUGUUUCCUCUGAUACAGUGAGAUGGUGCACUUCCUCAUUUCAUUUUUUUUUUCUGUACUGUAUAGGCAAAAAACCUUUAGAGUUGUUGUGGUGAUGCCUACUCCUAACCCCAAUUUCGUCUGACAUGGCAAAUCCUACUAUAAAAACGGCUUGAGAAAACUACAUACGUUUUCUGAUGCUGUUUUGUGAAUGGUAGCUACUGAUUGCGUCCAGCGCCAGCUUUUUGUUUGAAGAAUCACAGAGAAGUGGAAGCACAGGCAUAGAGCUAAACUGUGCUGGAGAGAAGACUUAGGGGUGAAGCCGGCGUCCGUGACCUUCUGGCACCAUAACUUCAUUAUGAUUGUUUUUAUGAUGCCUGGAGGUUCCCUCUAAGUAGUUAUACCCACACCCACGACAUGGUGCGUGGGAGCAUAAGGGAGCUUUUCAUCCUCCUUAUAAUAAUAUAGUGGUCAUAUUUACCCCCAACCCCCAUAGACUUUUCUUUUUAACAUUGUUACUGUGACAACUGGCUAGCAAGCGCUGGCCAGCUGCCUCAUAGGUUAGCUCUCAGGCCAGUGAGGGUUUUAACGGUUUCCUUGCAGGCUGCUAGAACAUACAAAUAUCGUUCGCUUCCAAAAAUCAAGUAAAUGGUCAUUUAUAAAUGUUCAUCCUACAUUCAGCUCUGAUUUUCUUUUAAAUCAGUGCCUUGUAGAUGUCAGAAAUCUAUUGUUUCUAUGGAAUGUGUGUUUGAAAAACACCGAUUUUUAAGUUGACAUUGAAUGGUGAUACCAGAUUUGACUUGAGUAAAUAUUGGAGUUGACUGUCUGAAUUCAAUAUGGACAAAAAGUGGUGUUUAGUAAAUAAACCUGUUCGUGUUUUGACUCCUUGUUUGGCAGCCUUAGUGGGUUGUCUUUAACAGCAGCUGUUUGUUUUUUAUUUAUUUUUAAAUGUGAGAGUGGGCUCUGUGUACUAAUCCAAAGUAUCUUUUGAGCCUUUUAGAAACCGUUCCUUUUCCUUUUCUAUUUUUAAAUAAUCAUGAUAAAUUGUAUUAUUUACUGGCACUGACUGUAGUAUGGAAUGCAUAUGCUUCUCUAUAAAUUGCUGGUGUAUGUGUCCCUUACAAAGCAAAACAAUUCUGUUUUGGCAUACAGCAUUGUAAUGUGAAAAAUACCUGUGGCGUAAUUUGAUGAGUACCCUCAUUUGACCCCUUUUUAUAUCUCGAACGCAUAUUCUGCUAGUAACCUCAUUUUUUUUUUUUUUUUUUUUUUAAUUAUUACAACAUGAGCAGCAUCCUGUAAUGAUCAAUAAUGAUGCUCUUUGCAGGCUGGUCAAACCAGGACACACUGAAGCUUUUGUAGAAUCUUUAAUAUUUUUAUGUAGCCCAAAGCAUUUAGGUUGUGAAGAUAGAAACCCGUGCUUUCUUUUGUUAUACUUUUUUAUGUUUGUUAUUUAGUUAAAACAAUACAGGGACCCUCCAGACACCAAAGCAACACACAUGCAUCUGUGUUUUUUACCCAGAUGUUUUAUUUAUCCUAAUAACAAACUCCUUUUUAUUUGGGGCAAUGCUUUGCUCUCACCUCAAACAGGAGAUAGUGGGGAAAAAACAAACAAACGGGAAGUGUGUGAUACUUUUAAAGGAAAUGCAGUGUUUUGUGUCACUAAGCUAUAUACUGCUCACAUCAGCAGUACAGCAGCAGCCAGCUUCCCUCUGUUUGUGAUUGAAUUAUUAGCAAGGGCAUGCUCAUGAAUUCUCCCAUAGAAAUUAAUGAGAACCAGGUCUGGCUGUAGUGAUGUCCCAGUGACUUCAAGCUAAUACUCUUUUACCGGUGAGGUGUCACUGUGACUUUGGGAUGGGGCAAUGUUAAGUAUAGAUACCUCCUUUUGGGGCGUUAAGGCAGGUCUGAGAAAGUGUAACUCUAAGCCUGAAAGGGACACUCCGCUUCCCAAAUCCAAACAAAAUAUAAAUCUGUUUAGGAAUUACAGACUCUUCACACACCACGCACGCUGACAUGCUUUUGUGGCCUGGAGUGCCCCUUUAAGCAGUGUUUAUCAUCUUCCGUGUGAAAUGCUUGACCACUGUAACUCAAAUCUUGCUCUGGUUAAAGCCCUUGGCACAUUUGCUCUGCAAAAAUGGAAAAAAAUGAGGCCAGCGCAGACAAUUGCAAAUGUAGCAAACAAAAGUGCUACAAAAAGAUGUAUUUACAAGGACAUAAGGUACAAAUGUUUCAGGUUAUCCCCUUUAUCAUUGCAGGUCCUUCAUAAACAUGCAUUGAUAAAGGGGAUAACCCUUAACAUUUGUACUUAUGUCCUAGUAAGUAAAUCUUUUUGUAGCACUUGGUGUGCACAUUUGCAAUUGUCUGCGCUGCCCUAAUUUUUUUUCUAUUUUUGUGGAUUACUUUACCCUGCUUGGAGAUGCAGAGGGAGGUGUCGGCAGCACAAUAGGAAAAGUUUGAAUUUUGAUUAAUUUUUUGGGGGUACUGCAGUAACCCUUACCUCAGCUAUAUACUGGGCAGAUUUACUCUCAUUCGAGUAGUUUACACUUUGCUACAGGUGAGUCGUCCUUGGCCCUCUGAUUAAAGCUUUUAAAUUUUAAGUGAGUUUCCUGAAGUUUAACGGCUAAAGGCAACUUGGCAUAUAAUGAACAAGGUUCAAAGUGGUUCACGCUGCAGGAAGUUCUGGGUAAUCCAGUCUAACUACACACUCUAUAAUUGUAGCAGUUCUGUUUAAAGGAUCACUAUAGGGUCAGGAACACAAACAUGUAUUCCUGACCCUAUAUUGUUAACACCACGAUCUAGCCCCUCUGGGCCCUCGUGCCUCCAUAAAUAUAGCAAAACCUUACUGUAUUCAAGCCUGAAGCUGUAACUCUGCAUGCUGUUUGACUCAGAAAAACUGCAGUCUGCUGACAUCAUCAGAAGUGGUGGCAUGAUCAAAUCACAAUGCCUCCCCAUAGGAUUCGCUGAGACUGACAAAGAGGCAGAUCAGGGGCAGAGCCAGCAUGAUUCAAACACAUCCCUGGCCAAUCAGCAUCUCCUCAUAGAGAUGAAUUGAAUCAAUGCAUCUCUAUGAGGAAAGUUCAGUGUCUGCAUGCAGAGGGUGGAGAAACUGAAUGUUUGAAUGCAUUUUAGGCAGCCAUGACCCAAGAAGGAUCUCUAACAGAUAUCCGAGGAGUGGCCAGUGAAGUUAUCACUAGGCUGUAAUGUAAACACUGCAUUUUCUCUGAAAAGGCCGUGUUUACAGCAAAAAGCCAGAAGGUAAUGAUUCUACUCACCAGAACAAAUUCAAUAAGCUGUAGUUGUGCUGGUGAUUAUAGUGUCCCUUUAAGUUAUAGAUAACUUGCUCUGGUGCUCAACAUAUUGUUAUUCAGUCAAGAUGGAACAGCCUCCAGUUUCAGUCAUCCAAAUUAUCCUAUGUCAAAGCCAUAUGCAUUUUGACACUGCUAGCUGCAGCUUAUAGGAAUUAUGGCCUGACGACAAUUGAAAACUUAGUAUUCUUACCAUUUGCGAUAGUAGAUAACAAAUAAAUUAUCCCAUGGCUUACUUACCAGAAAUACAAUAAUCUCACUAUGUAAGAGAUUAACUCUAAUUUCUGUAGAACAGGUUUUAGCCAGUGAAGGAUUACAAUGGCCCUCCUAAUUUCCACCCUUCUUUGCAUGCACAAAGGGUCGAGUUUACACGUAUGUCAUACAGGUAUGACGUAGGUGUGUCUUAAACAUACCUUUUCACAAUUUAAAACCCAUUUAUCCUCUAUUAUUUAUUAACUUAAGAGUGCUUGUGGCAGGUAAACUCUUCACUCUUAGCCAAUCACAGUUGGCAUUGCUAAAGUGUAUGUAAUCUUCUUUAUCGGUGGUCCCGAGACGCAGCAAAGGUUUAUAGCUUAAUCUUCUGAGCUUACUCUUCUGGUUUGGUACAGUAGCUAACAGAUUUGGAUAAGGGCAGGGUGGGGAAUUUAAGAAUCAUUGGGAUGUGAGCAUGUGUUGUGAUACAUAUGACGGCAAGCUUGCCACAAAGUUCAGAGGAGUUGCAGAUUUGGAAAAGUCCAUCAUCUAUGAAUAUAUAUCCCAGCCAGUGGUUCCAAUUUUUCUAAUGUUAAUCACUUUGUAACAUACAUAUUAUAAAGAGAUGGUGCGACAUACGACACUGGAACAGUUUUAAAGCGAAUUUGCAAAGUCCCCUAAUGGUGAUUUGCCGCUGAUGGUCCGGUGGGGCAGGUAAACGUCCGUUUACUUACCGCAGGGCUCAACAAAUCUCAGGUAGCCGUGGCGACUAGCGGUUAACGGGGGAGCAGAGGGGUCGGUAAUCUGUGGCAGGGCGGGGUUGGUGGCAGGCUGUGUGGAACGGAGAAGGCGAGGGUGCUAUAAUUUCCCUGCUCUGUCUUCCUGCACCCUGUGGUGAUGCCAGGAGCUGUAAUAUGACGUCACUCCGGCCAAGGCAUCCCUAAACCGCACGGGAGCAGGUAGAUUACAACAACCCCAUUGGAUCCCAGGGAAAGUCUAUCCACUCCAGCUCUUCCAAAAGUAGUAGAUGGGUGGUUUUAAAUUGAAAUAAUUCUGAGUGUGUGUCUGUCUGAGACUGUUUCUGUCUGUCGGUGUGUAUGUCCAUUUGGGUGAACUGCCACCUCUGAUUUUACUCACAUUGUUUUCCCACGCCGUGCCGGUCUCGCCUCUAUAGCUGAGAUAAUCAAUCUUAAAGGACCACUCUAGGCACCCAGACCACUUCAGCUUAAUGAAGUGGUCUGGGUGCCAGGUCCAGCUAAGGUUAACCCAUUUUUUUUAUAAACAUAGCAGUUUCAGAGAAGGAGAGGGUUAAGGAGAGCUCCCCGCCCAGCGCUGGAAAAAGGUAAGUUUAAACCCUUUUCCCCUUUCCAGAGCUGGGCUGGAGGGGGUCCCUGAGGGUGGGGGCACCCUCAGGGCACUAUAGUGCCAGGAAAACGAGUAUGUUUUCCUGGCACUAUAGUGGUCCUUUAAUGAUCUCAGCCAAGCCAACACUGUCCCAUAUGAAGGUAUUGCUCAGGCACUAAUCGGCAUCUCCUCAUAGAGAUGGAUUGAAUUAAUGCAUCUUUAUGGGGAGCAUUCAGCGCCUCCAUGCAGUGUGUGAAGACGCUGAACGUCAUUGCUACGCACUCUGCAGCACUGGACUAGGAAUCACCCCUAGGGGCCUUCUGAGCUACUGUCUCUAGAGGUUUUACUCGGCCAAAAUGUAAACACAAUUUUUUUCUGAAAAGGCAGUGUUUAAUUCAAAACGCCUGCAAGAACAGGCUAUAGACACCAGAACCACUACAUUAAGCUGUAGUGAUUGUUGUGACUAUAGUGUCCCUUUAGGAAUUGUAUUUAUGUAGCUGAAAAUUAAGCGUUGUUAGUUAAAAAUACCUGGCUCCUAAAUUCCAAGCAAAUUUAUCAAGCCAUGACUUAGCUGAACAUGUCCCUUGCAGGCACUGCCAUCUUAAUCCGAAGGGAUCCUCUUUGGCCCAACGUCACUGCUUCAUCCUUUUUCGUGGGGGGUGAUAUCAUGUUUAUAUUUAAAGGGUACCUCUCGUGACAAUUAGAACCUAAUCUUAAAAUGAUCAAAUUUAAUUUAUACAUUGUACUAGCAAAUGUCUAAUAUUUCUCUAAAACUGGUUAAAAAUCAGCCCUUUCACCCUCUUUUUACUCAGUUACCUGUGAAGUCCUCUUGUGAGCUUUUCUCUUGCUUUAACUCCGCCUAAGGGUAAGUAGGGAGGAGGGGCAGCUAUGUGUGAUAGCAGCAGCUACAGCUUAGAGAAAGAAGAGAAUCUGUCAAAAUAAUAUAUUGCAGCAGCUUUAGAUAGGUGAUCUGAGAAUGAAGAGAGAGAGCAGAAAGCAAACAUAAAGUGGUGUUUGCUUCCCAAACAGGGCAUGUAGAAAGGUGUGUCUUACAGCAAGCAUUACACCCACUGAAAACAUGACUGAUGCUCUUAGCAGGAAUCAAGGGUAAUGGAAAUUAAAAUAUGAGCGUUUAAUAGUACGAAAGGAACUAUUUUGUAUUGGGAACACAAAGUGUCCCUCCCCAUUAAUAAAUGGGUUAAAAACAAAACAAAAAAACACAGUUUAUUUACUUAAACGCUUUUAUUUACUUUACGCUGAUUCUAGCGGCGAUGUUCUUCAGUGCUUGUUGGGUUGCACUACUCCUCUGCCAACAUCACCCAGUGGGGGAGGACCGAAUGCGCAUGUGCAGCGAGGGCCAUGGACGCAUUAGGCCUUUCCCUUUAGGAAAGCAUUAAAUCUGUGCUUUCCACUGGGUGUGCUCAUGCAAAGCAUUAAGACAUCGAACUUUGUUUUACAGAGUCAAAUUCAAGGAAACUUCGGAAAGCGCCUUUAGUAGCUGUCUGGUAGACGGCCACUAGGGGCUGUCUUAACACUGCAAUGUAAAGAUUGCAGUUUUAGGUUAAGGGGGACAGGGAAACUGCACCCAGAUAACUUUAAAGGAGAGCUAUAAGGUCAGGAACACAAACCUGUAUUCCUGUCCCUCUUGGGUUAAAACCUCCAUCUAGCCACCCUGGUCCCCUCUUGCCUCUCUAAAUAUAGUAAAAUCUUGCUUGUAUUCAAGUCUGGAGCUGCUUGCUUUGUCCCUGUUUCUUUUAGACCUGCCCACUGCCUGCUGACAUCAGCAGAAGUGGUAGCCUGAUCCAAUCACAAUGCUUCCCCAUAGGAUUGGCUGAGACUGACAAAGAGGCCGAACAGGGACAGAGCCAACACCAUUCAAACACAGCCCCGGCAAAUCAGCAUCUCCUCAUAGAGAUGAAUUGAAUCAAUGAAUCUCUAUGAGGAAAGUCCAGUGUCUGCAUGCAGAAGGUGGAGACACUGAAUGUUUGGAUGCAUUUUAGGCAGCCAUGACCCAGGAAGGAUCUCUAACAGCUAUCUGAGGAGUGGCCAGUGAAGUUAUCACUAGACUGUAAUGUAAACACUGCAUUUUCUCUGAAAAGACAGUGUUUACAGCAAAAAGCCUGCAGGUAAUGAUUCUACUCACCAGAACAAAUUCAAUAAACUGUAGUUGUUCUGGUGACUAUAGUGUCCCUUUAAUGAGAUUAAGUGGUCUGGGUGUCUAUAGUGUCUCUUUUUAGGGAAGAAACACUAAAUUGUAAAUACGGAGUCAAGCCAGUUAGUUAGAAAACUGCAAACUUAUAGCUGCCUUGACAGGUUCACUUUAACACAAACCAAAAUAAAUUUUGUAUCCACUCUAGAUCCAAAGACCCUUUACAUGUCCUCUUAGGGUAAUUUUUGUAUUUUAGCUGAAAGUAAGUUACAAUAAGUUGAAUAAUGGGGUAAAUUUAAUGGAUUUAUUUCUUAUGUUCGAUUGGCUACUUGUGUGUUUUUUUUGUUUUGUUUUUUGGGGGGGGGGGCAGAAGUGUGGGGGGGUUUAUGCAUUGCAAUAAAAAUGACUGCAUGAACUGUUUCAGUUUGGAAAAGUAAUUUGUCAUUUUUUUUUAGAUCUAUUCUUCCCUAAUUUUUUUUUUUUUUUUAAAUUUCUCCCUGUACCCAGAACCUGUGUGUGUGUAUAUAUCUCUCUCUCUCACUCUCACACACACACACACGGAAAGGAUUCUAAAAUGUAUUUUUAGAAUAAAAAAAAAAGUUUUGCUGUAAAUUUUAGCAAAAUAAAUGUCUGCCCUGCAAACAAUCUUAUGUGAUGACCCGUCUAUUGCUUAAUUUUGGCUAAUAAAAAGCUAUUCAUUUUGGAUAGUUUAGGUGUUGGUAUUACAGAGUGGGAAACGGGUCUCCCUGCUGGAUAAAUUGGAGGUCCUGUCACUCUCUGGAGUUCUUUCCUUACCAUCAGUCAGGGCUUAAUUUAGGGUCUCUUAUUGCACAAGUGUUGGUCUAGGACGGCUGGAGCAUUCAAUCACCACACAUAACCAGAGCCUUCCAAUGACGUCAGCAGCAAAAGGCAAACUAUUCCUAACUUGUCAGGAGAGAGGGGCUCUGGUUACAGCCUCCUUCUUAAGAAUUUAACCCACUCCGAGCCUUCUGUGCAGUCUGAUAGUGUGGUCAUGUCCAUAAGAAAAUUUCUAGAGCGUACGUAUAGCAUGCAGGGCACUUUAUACGCAGUUUGCGAAUGUAUUGAUAAAAUCUGUUUAAGAUUAUAUAAACGAUUAGCUUAGAGGACUAUCUCAGAAUGCUGUGAACGCAGCGCUUUUUAUAACAUUGUGAAAUAAAGCCUCAAGCAUUGUAGGAUGCCUACUGGUACACAUGUAUCUUGCACAAUAGAUUGCAUGCAAAACGGCAGGUAAGUGUGUCAUUUCAUCCAUAUAAAAUGAGCUAUGUCAAGCAGAUGGUCCUUGCUUACAUCUACUAUCCUGGUAGAUCUUAUAUAGCUAUUGCACUGUGUGCACUGUUCUGUUGAAUGUGCUGUACCCCUAUAAAGUUAUACAAGCCACCUGCCUGUUAUUAUAAAUAAAAUUCCAUGUUAGUGUAUGUAAAAUAUCUCUCCUCACACAUUCAAUUGUAUAACGCUGGCAGACGGCGCUUUAUGAGUAAGAUAAAAUGCUCACACUCCCUGUGUGUAUUUAAAAUGAACAAUGCCCUUGAAAUGGUCAACUUAGUGUGACGUAUUUUACGGUAUCCUACUAUAUAAUAGGACUGUGUUCAGAAAGGAAAAUAACAUGACACAGACUAAUAGCGUAAACUGCUACUUCCUAUAUAUUUAAAGGGCUCCUAUGUCUCACCAUGUGCCGGCCUCAUUCAUCUUUGUCUUAAGCAUAUCAGUUGAUAAUCUGAAUCCGCAGCAGCGUGUCCUUCAGAUCACUGUGUGUUGUGUAAUGUAACCAAAGCAUGUAAUACAUGCCACGCCUGACCAAGCGAUAUGCUUAACAAGUAAACUGCGUGAAGGUGUAGUCACACCUUAUCUCGGUGCUAUCAUUUUAUUUUUGGUAACUAAGUCUGUUAGUUAAGAACUUAAAAGUGGUGGUGGUGGUGGUUUUCAUCUGUGUAUCAACCCUGCCACCUUGUGGCUAGACAGUUGCUGCACAUUACAGGAUGGUGAUGGGUUUUAUAUUAUGAUUAUUUUAAAACUUCACAGUGUUUACAAUGGAUUAUUGAGAGAAUUCGAAAUCAAAUUCUCAUGCAUUUGCACAUUUGGUCAGGGUUAGGUAGUUUAUUGGUUAAUCACAUACUCAUUACGGAAACAUUAAAACACUGUCAGGACUGGAGGUAUUCUUGAAGUGAGAAAUAUCGUAACUUGGAUGUUACGAUGAAUCCCUGCUAUCUUGUUGCUAUUUGGUGUUUUGUUUAGACUCUCGGCUGUGACACUGCCUAAAUUAUUAAAUGGGACUAUACCAAUAUGUCAGGUUUUAUAAAACUGAAAAAUAUUUAAUGUUUUGUUUCUUUACAGAUUGUUUCUGUUAAAAACUUUUCAUCUCUUACCACCACCUCUACCUGCUUAUAAAAUCCUUUUAAGUCCAGUCUUUGACUCUUAACAUUGUUGUAAGUGUUUGGUCCGAGGGAUUUACGAACUAAAAUUUUAAUUGUAAUCAACUGAAACCCAAACUGCAAAAUCUAUACGAAAAUAGAGGAUUUGGUAAAAUUAUUUGAAAUGCAAAUCUUGCUUUUUUUUUAUUUUAUUUUUUUGUAAGCAUUGAUCCAAAUCACACUUAAAGUGGAACUGCCACUUCUUUGGAAAUUAUAAAUAGAACUUAAAAUCACAAACAAACCUCAUGUGAUUUUCUGUUUGUUUUUUUAUUUUAUUUUUUAAAAAAUUCUUUAUUUAACAUUUAGCAGUGAUAUAUCAAGCUGACGCACAUAUAUAAUACAAUCUCUGAGCAUUACAUCGCCGUUAGAUACCGUGGAACACCACGCACCUACUCAUGACCCAAUCUCCCGCCCAUCCAUCCAGUAUCCAGGGCAAUGCACCUUGCGCCGAGUCUUCUACUUGCGACCCAUUUUUGACUCUCCACAAGUUUAAAGGGAUAAUCCAGACCUGGACCCCUUGCUCACGGUGCCUAGGGAGAUAUCAGCUAUGCCUCACUGAUGAUGCCUAACAAGGCUGAAACGGUCGUCUGGGGUUGCUGUAUCUCUCAUGCAGAGAGAACUUGCUGGCAUUUCGGAUCUGGACUGCCCGUAUGGGUGGGACCAGUCUGAUUUGCUCCAGAUAUGUUCUCUCUGUAAUGGCACAAGAUGAGCAAAAAUCAGCUUGAGAAUUGAGCGGGGACCGACCGAAGGGCGGGCUAUUUCAGCUGCUGCCCGUUCUCAGUAUUCUCUUGCGACCCAUUUUUGACUUUCUACUUGUAUGUACGUCCGACUGGCUCUCCAUCAGUCCCUUCCCAUGUCAUUGCCAAUUUAUAUGUAAUACAAAAUUAACAGGAACAGAUCAAAAAGAGUAGAUUUGUCUCCAUCCCCCAGUAUAGAUCGGUUUCUCUCACCCCAGCCCACUGGUCCUCUAUCUCCGUCUCUCCCCCCAUCGACCUCCCCCAGUAGGAACGCUCAUCCUUGGGCCAAGCCCCGUUAUUGUCCUGUCCACCUGCCUAUAACUGCCCGGCAGAUGGAGAUAAGGUAGCCGCUUCUUAACUACCGACUAUGUACAUUGCUUUCUGAGAAUUUGUCUGUGUCCCUCCUAGAGGCUCAAACGGGGGCACACCCAUUCCUCGUACCUAAGCAGUUUUCCCAGUGCUGUUUGUUUUUUUUAAUAUAUAUUAAAGAAUUCACAUUUGACAUUACAAUCCAGUUUGACCCAAGCACAGACAGGGCACACAUUGUAUAUGAAGAGAAGGUAAAUACAUUAUUUUCCCUUCUGGCCAUUGGUUAUUUCUGCCCCCACGAAGAUGUCUAAUGAUGUAGGUGAUCUGCUGACUGAUAGGGCAGAGCUUAUGUCAAGGCUUAACGGUGAGCUAAAGUGGAGACGGGGCAAAGGCAAAUCCAAUAGUGUGGAUGUCUACAUUUAAUCUUAUUUCUCAGACACACGUUUGCUACAUUCCGGCAAUAAGUAAACAUAUUAAAAAUUCUCAGAAGUGGCAGAUCCCAUUUAGAGUGAACCUGCAUUACAGGCUAACUUUCGAAGUACUGCGUUCUGACACAACUAUGAAUAUUGCUAGCUGGCUUUCACCUGCUUCCCCUUUUUGAAAAAAAAGUGUAGAUUAAAAAUAAGAUAAAAUUUGGUUUAUACAGCAAGACAGCUAAAUAAAAUCUGUAAUGAACACCAUUCAGAUGGCAGCUUCUUUUAAAGUAAGCUUCUCUGGUGGUUUUGUAAGUACUAUCAAACAUGUAUAGGGUGGGUGUGGGAGGAAGUAUUGAUGUUUGGCUCCUGUGACCAUGAUUAUUGAUGUUCUUUAAUUUGUAUUUUUUCAGGCCCAGUCUAUAUCGGGUCCUUCCAUUGACAAGGUGACAGGUACUCUGCUCUACAAUGUGGCAUCCCGUCUUAAGGAUACGAAAAGAUUGGGUUUUCUAGUUGAAUACAUUGCCAGGAAGAAGAUCGGUACGGACCUCCAACUAAACGGUAAUAUAUUUUCAUUACUUUGUCUUUUCAAAUGCAUUUUUAAAGGAAGUCUUGUCCUUUAUGAAGUAUAUAUGUGUGUACCUAUUAGUGUGUGUGUGUGUGUAAAAAUGUGUGAAUUCAAUGGGCAAUGUCUUCUGUUAUCUAGUUAACUGAUUUGUUUUAUUAACCCAAUACAUGAGCAGGCCGAACAGUAAAUCCAGUUAGCGACAAAUUGUGCUCACUGUUUGAUGGUUUGUUUGUUUUUCUCUGCUGUCGUAAUGAAAGGAGGGUCAUCUUAAGUUAUGUUCCAGGAACCUCAAUUGCAUCAAAACAUCCAAGCAAAUGAACAUGCUGGAAAGAGGAAGGGUGGAGAUCAGCAGCAUGCCGUUAUGCUUCAUUAAGAGGGUUAUUCACUAUUCUGGAUGUUGUUGGGUGUUGACAAGGGAAUAGCAAAAUUUGGGCCCAAAAUUGUCAAAUUGGAAAUAUUCUCUAACUUUUUUUUUUGAGAAUCUGUAAAGCCAGCGCCUGCCUUCAAUAUUUCAAAGUUCAGUGAAUAACCCUGUACCAAUUUCAAUACGUUUCUUCUCCUCCCAUCCCCAGCCACCUAUCAUUAAAGGGAAUUUAUUCUGAAAUACAUGGUUGUGCAUGCUUUCUAUAUUCUCAAAUAAUUUUGAGUAGUUUCCUAUUGUGUUUUUUAAUGGAAUUAAGCUUGUGGCUCUUUUGCACAUGGAGACUGUAUAUAUAGGAACUUGCUGAGCAUGGCCACAGAUUAUUCCAUCAAAAUGUGUUUUAAUAGCAUGAUAAGUUGAACAUUUCAUGGUUGGCUAUGGUCUAGGGGCAAUGGUUACCAACCUUUUUUCACGCCAGAGGAUCACAUUUCAGUAGCGGACUACCAAUACACAGCUUGGUGACUAAUUUAAAAAUCUUUAAAUGUUGACUAAUUAAGGAAUAGGCCUUUUUUUCAAUAAUACAAGUUGUUAUUCACUGCAACCUACAAUAAGGAAAACGGAUUGAUGCAGAAAUAAAAACUAAAUUAUUUAAUUAAGUAUAUUCAGUGUGGGCUUUGAGCAUUUCACUCACUUGUUUUUCCACUAUUAGGCCUCAAAGAAGUUAAAGAUAUUCUCAAUGGUGGUUUCACGUCCAAACUGUUUCUCAGUUUAAUAGCACUAUGGGCAGGAAAUGCAAAUUUACAUGUGUACAUUGAGUGGAAGGGCAGAGGAUUUUAAGGGCUUUUUUACUCCGUGCUGGAUAUUCGUCACAAAAAGAUCAAUUACACACAUAGCAACCACACACGGCGACCAAGGAUGGACACGAAACUACAGGUACUACUACACCAAAAGUAAACCCAUCCGAGGCAUACACGACCACACCACCAAGGGAACAAAAACAACUGUACUGACCAAACUUGUGAAAUGCAUAAAACAGUUGAGCUGUACUACAAGCUAAAUAAUUAUGUGGAACCUUGUGUGGGGACUACCCUUCCCUUAUUUCUCAUUCUGUAUCCCAAAAUAUCCUUAGUUAUAACUGAAAAAUUGAAAAUACAGAAUUUACCACAAAAAAAAAAAAUGGUUCAAUUAGUUGUUCUUGUUGUGAACGAGAUAGGUUGUGAUGUUUUUUCAGGUUAACAAUGGAUCAAAAUACUACACAAUGUUAACUUGUUGAGAGCAAAUCCCAUGAUGUUGAGCAAGCAACAUUGAUAGUUGCUCAUUAUAGGAAUAGUAACUUACUGUGGAAGGGGCUGUGUUGGGGGGUGGGGGCACUACACGAAGUCUACUGCAAAAACACUAACUUUUGUUGAGAGCAUGUACAUUAAUAAUCAGCCAGCCAUACUGGUAACUGAACUCCAUGGGAAUUGUAGUUGUAGACUGGUCUUGUGGCCACUACAUUGCACACUAACCUUUUUGUGGUUGACUGCAACUCCCGUGAUAAACAGCCAGCCAUUAUUGACUGAACACCAUGGGACUUGUAGAUUGUGGUAGUUGUGGCUAAUCUUUACCAUACCAGCUAUUUUGCAUUAAAGUUCUCAUGUGGCAUAGAUACAUACCUGUCUUUUAGCUGUUGCUACCACAGUCAUAUAAUUGUUCCUAUUAAAGGGUAGCUAAAAUUUACCUCGCACCAGGAAACCCCUCUCUUGAGCCAACAAAGGUAGGCAAUGGGGAGGAUUAAUUGUUAUGGGAGCAUAUUUUGCCUCCUGGAAAAAUUUGAGUGCGUGAUUGCCCAAGUGCUGAAAUAUAAACAAAGUCAGGUAACUGAGUAGCAGCGUACCAGCGAAAUGAAUAAAAUACAUUUAGCAAAUUUAGAAAUAUGCAUUUGCAUAAUAUCUUGCUUUACUCCAACAAUAUUAUAGAGUAAUAGAGCCGCGCUUGUUUGUGAUUCCUCUUUUUUUUUUUUUUUUUUUUUCUCUCUUUUUUUUUUUUUUUUAAUAUAUAAUAUAGCUUGCGGCAGUCUCACUGUAAUUUCUCUAUGCUCAGAAGUCUGCAGUGGUGGUAGGGAAUUUAGAUUGAAGAUGAAAACAUUUAAUAAGAGUGGCGCUGCAGUCGCGGACCACCUGAAAACAUACCGCGGAUCACAAGUUGUCCGCAACUAGUCUAAGGGGAAGUACAACAAAGUAUGAGAGUGGCUGCAAACCCUACAAGAAAUGGUUAUUCUAUAGAUUCUAUUUAUUUUUUAAAGCAUUCCAAAUGGGUGGUAAACUGAUGUGUGUCCGUUUUAGAUAUUAAGUUUAAAUUGCACUUUUACCACUGCAGGAGCAGAGAGAGCAAGUAUGUUACUGAUUGGCAGGAAAAACAUUAUACUGAACUAUAAAAUGAAGAAAAAAAUCCGUGUUUGAAAGAAGUUUGGUUUCUCUAAUUUAAUAAAUUUCUCUCUUAAAAAUGUUUUUCAGCUGCUCUAGAUUAUGUUAAAUCCCAUCCUGUGGAUCCCAUCAAUGCUGCGGAUUUCGAGAAGGAAUGUGGAGUUGGUGUGACUGUGACUCCAGAACAGAUAGAAGAGGCUGUGAGUAUUGUUGCGUACAAAUCAUCUGUUGACUACAAGGGUGUUAAAUGCUUGCACACCUUCCAAAAUUUCAGGGGAUCUGUCCUGCGUUUGUUCACAGCUCUCACCCAUCUGCAAACCGUGAGAGUGCAUCUUAAGACGUGAUCGCAAUAUGCAGUAUAAUCUCAAAGCAUGCACAGCUCUGAGUGAGUCUGAACCUGUCGUGUAUGCACUCCCAAUGUUGGGAGAGAUGGGCCUGUAGUACUAGUUUAAUAUCUUGAGUUUAAAGCGAUGCUCCAAGCAUCAUAACCAGUUCUAAUUAUCACAUCCCAAACAGAGGGGAUGGUGGAAGGUGCCAGGAAAUCCCUGGUUUUAUUUUCAUCAUACCACUUAAACAGUUUAACAAAGCUACUCACAGAGCCUCUUUUCACCAUUCCUGCUACAAUAAGCUGAAGUGGUGAUGAUGCUUGACACCUAUAAUUGAAUUUAUAAUGAAAAUUAAGAUUGGUAUAUAUUUAUAGUUAGCCAGACCUGUUUUCAUGGGUGUUUUUGUCCUCUUCACAGGUGGAAACUGUGAUUCAGAAAUGUAAGACUCAGCUGCUGGAAGAGCGAUAUCGUUUCAACAUGGGAUUGCUAAUGGGUGAGAUGGAAAUUAUGGAUUUAUUUGUAUAUUGAAAAAAAAUAUAUAUAUAUAUAUAUAUAUAUAUAUAUAUAUAUAUAUAUAUAUAUAUAUAUAUAUAUAUAAUCUCUUUUUAUAUGUGGUUUUUGUUUUUUCUGAUCCUGAAGAAAGCCCAGAUUGGGGCUGAAACGUUGAUCAUUCUUUUAAUGCAUAUUGAAUAAAGCAUUUUUGCAUUUUUUAUUAAGAAGACCGAAGAGUGCAGCCAUCAUCAUUAUAUAUAUAUAUAUAUAUAUAUAUAUAUAUAUAUAUAUAUAUAUAUAUAUACACACACACACGUCCCAGCACUCCAUGUUCCCCGUCUUUUAAUGCUCCGGUGCUGUCUCCAACCAAAUUGUAUACGAUACCAGUAGAGAGCACUCAGGAGUCUUUCAAGGUAAAUUUCAUCUGUUGCUUUAUUGAGCAAUUACAAAUUCACACAACAUUCCAGUCGACGUUUCAGUCUGUAAAAGACUUUUACAGACUAAAACGUCGACUGGAACGUUGUGUGAAUUUGUAAUUGCUCAAUAAAGCAACAGAUGACACUUACCUUGAAAGACUCCUAAGUGCUCUCUACUGGUAUCGUGUGUGUGUGUGUGUAUAUAUAUUAGAUAUAUCUCUUAAUUCAAUUAUAUAUGCAUGAUUUACUGCAUCCAGAGGAGAUGAAAGUAUUGUAAUAGCUCCUACUGCAAUGUUAAAGGACAUCAAGCUCCCAAGCUGUUAGUAGACAACAAAGGCACAUUCAUCUCUUAUACAACAAAAUGUACAAAUACCGUAUCGGUCAAUAAUAACUUGGGAUUUAGUGAAUAAACCCCCUAGGUGUAACCAAUCCUUCAGUGACAAAUCGACCAUUGGUGCAUGGGAUAUUAAAUCAAAAUCUAUAGUUCUGAGCUGCAGUGUAAGAUUGAAUGGGUUAUAUUUACCAGUAACUGUGGGGAAUUGAAAACGGAUUUUAUAUAUAUAUAUAUAUAUAUAUAUAUAUAUAUAUAUAUAUAUAUAUAUAUAUAUAUAUAUAUAUAUAUAUAUAUAUAUAUAUAUAAUAUUUAUUAUAUGCCUAGAUGACCAAACCUUAAGAAUUAUGAUUUUUUUUUUUUUAAUUAAAAAUUGCAUUACGGCUUCCAAAUCACCAUUUUGUAAAUUGCUUAUUAUUGUGUAUAUUGGCAUCUUUAUAUUCUUAUUACUAUUAUAUUUCACUUUAAGUAGAGUCAAUGGACUCUACUUAAAGUGAGCGCUGGUGUGACUUUACCAAUUUGAAUUUAACGCAAUCUGAGUUAAUGAUGCUCUCCCAAGUUUUUGUCCAUUUAUUGAAUCCAUCCAUUCACAUAAACUGUGCUGGUGGGAUCAGUAUAUGUGGACAGCAGCUGAGUAAUGUAGCUGCUAAACAUCUGUAGUUGAGUUUUUAGAUCUCUGGCCCCUGAGAUAAAAUAGGAUAGUUUGAUCAGAGUAAUCUGUAAGCAAAAGCAUUUGCAUUGAGUGAGUUACAAAGUCAUUCAUUCUCAAAUGUUAAUAGCCAUGUGCAAAGAGUAAUGUUAGUAGCAAUGUUUAAUGAGCAGCUCUUGAGAAAGGUUCUAAAAGUGGAGAAACCUCUGGAACAUUUUCUUGGUUUCCACGGUGAUGACUUCACUUUGAUAGCUUUCUCUAGCGUCGCCCCUUUUAGAAAUAACUCAUUUAGCAUCUUUGGCUAUUGUUUGGUAUAGUGGAUGUCCUGUCUGUUAGCCUCUUUCCAUUGAACUCCUAGUAAUUGCUGACCUUGAAUUAAACAAAAUAUCAAAACAUUUAACCAGUUUAAAAAAAUAAAAUAGGAAUUUUAGUGUUUUAUUUUUUUUGUUUUUAUUUAUCUGCUAAGGGGAAGCAAGAAAUAAGUUGAAAUGGGCUGAUGGAAAGACAAUCAAGAAUGAAGUGGACAUGCAGGUGAUUAAAACUCUUCAGCCUUUUAAAUAAUACGUACCGUAUAUACUCUAGUAUAGGUCGACCCGAAUAUAAGCCGAGGCACCUAAUUUUACCACAAAAAAAAAUGGGAAAACUUAUUUACUCGAGUGUAAGCCUAGGGUGGGAAAUGCAGCAGCUACUGGUAAAUUUCUAAAUAAAAUUAGAUCCCAAUAAAAUUACAUUAAUUGAAUAUUUAUUUACAGUGUGUACAUAAUGAAUGCAGGUAGUGUGUGUGUGUGUGUGUGUGUGUGUGUGUGUGUAUAUAUAUAUAUAUAUAUAUAUAUAUAUAUAUUGCAGAGUGUGUUUGCAUUCAUACAAACACACUCUGCAUUGUAUACAUACACACUGCAUUCACACUAUACACGCACUACACAUAUACACACACUGCAUUCACACAGUGUGUUUGUAUGAAUGCAGUGUGUGUGAAUGCAGUGUCUGUAUAUAAUGCAGUGUGUGUAUGUGUGUGAUAUACAUAAACUGGGAGGGGGGAGGGCAUUAUUUAUUUUAAUAUUUAUUUGUUUUAUUUAAAUUUUUUGUAUUUGUUUAAUUUUAUUUUUAUGUUUCUCCUCCUUUGCUUGUUGCCUGGCCAGGGAGGGGGGCAAUGUAUCCCUGGUGGUCCAGUGGUGUGUACUAUGCAGGGGAGGGGCCGGGAGCGAGCUGUUACUUACCUUUACAGCAGCUCUGGUCAUCUCCGUUCACCUCCACCGUUCAGCUCCCUGUGUAAAUCUUGCGGUCUGUGUCCUGCGCGGAGCGUUGCCACGGUAAUCCGUGCUCUGACGGCUGCGGGUCUUGCGAGAUUUACACAGGGAGGUGAACGGAGAUGACCGGAGCUGCUGUAAAGGUAAGUAACAGCUUGCUCCGGCCCCCAACAGGACCGCCAGGCUUGUAAUGAGCCCGGCGGUCCUGGUCUGUAUUAUGGCAAUGUAAGUUGCCAUAAUAUAGACACUGACUCGAGUAUAAGCCGAGUGGGGCUUUUUCAAAAAAUGUGCUGAAAAACUCUGCUUAUACUCGAGUAUAUACGGUAUAUGGUCUGUGCAUCCUGGCAUAAGUGAGCAAUAUUGAUAGCAGUUUAGAAAGGCAUGUGGAAUGCGUUCUACAUUUAGAAUUAUUUUUAAACUGCUUCUUCAGCUGACUGCUCACCUUGAGGGAAAUGCUUAUUUGGGAUUUGGCAUCUUUCAAGACUUUGGUGCAAACAUUUUUUCUACCCCCUGACUUUACAGGUUUUGCACUUACUUGGUCCUAAGACUGAAUUGGAUCUAGAAAAGAAACCCAAGGUAGGUGUUUUCUAUUUUUCUUUUAGGAUUGUAGUUUUGCAUGCUUUGUGACCUUUACGAACAGUGUUGUUGUGAUUGACCUUUUCUUCUUUUGAAUCUGUAUGGCCAUGAAUGAAGGACACUCUUGCUGCAUUUAACCUGCAGAACUCGGUGACCUGGAGCAUGUUUAUGUGUGCAUGGGAUGGGAUUUCACUCAAACUUAUGUAAUUCUGGCAUACAUUGGAGACAGAGGAUGAUAUGUAUUCAGAUAAAUGGAAAACUCACACAAUUUGAUGCUAAUAGGUUUUAUGUAUUAAUAUGUGUAUUUUUUUUCUUUCUUUCUUAAAAAUUUCAAGAUCUAAUCCUACCAUUGAUAAGGCUGCCACCUUGUGGAUUUUCUGGUAUUUGGCAUGUAUUGUGCUUAAAGUCCAGAUGGUUCUGGCCAAUGCUGGGCUUGUAGAUGGUUGUUCGGUGCAUUACCAAUGAUGCUUAGCUAGCUUUAAGAAUCAUAGGAAAUGCAGUUCCCAAACAAUGCAUUGCCGUGGCUAAUUGUCUUUAGCCCGGAUGCCAGCAAUGUAAAAUUGUGUGUUAAUUGACGGUAAGAAAAUGUACUUCUCCAAUCCAAUGUACUCUGGAGGAAGAAUACUGCUAAUGGCAAGGAGGAGUGUGGGCAGAGCCUGACCCAGCGCCGAGGGCCAUCAGCCCAGGAUUCAGGUAAGUCACUGAAGGGGUUUAUAUCCAUUGAAAAAGCCACUGAAGCUGAUAAACUAGAAAUAAGACUACCUUACCCGGCAUCCAGCCCACAGGAAUCAACGGACUCCCAUCACCAUCAUCCAGUCCAUAACGGACUUCGACUAAUCCGUGAGCAGAGCAGAUAUUGUGUCAAUAAUAAGGUCUGAGUUCAAAGAUUAUUCUCACGCAUAUCCAGGAUGUAUUUGUCACUAUUUAUGCACUGGAAACGUUUAAUUUUUUUGUUUGAAUAAAAGGAGAUUUUUUUUAACCACAUCUCCAAUGUCCUCUUGUUUUCAUAUUGGAACCUAAUGGGAUUUCUGGGGGGAAAAAAGACCCGGCAAUGUGGAUAAAUUGACCAUUCUGCAAACACUAUUUAAUAGCAAUCUUUGUUUGUAUUUGGAACGAUUCUGUGUUACAGCUAUACAAUAUGGACAUAUGACUUUGAUACAUUUCAAAUAGAUAGUAAAGGGAGAUUUUUUUUUCUGUCUAUUAUAUUUACAUAUGGUCAUAGGUGGUUAGGUUACCUAUAUUUAUCUACCAUUUUUUCCUUUUGAAUUAUUUAAUUUAUACAUUAUCCCUAGCGCUUUCUACAAUCACAUACGUUUAUAGUUUCCUUGUAUCCAUUACCGCUUGACAGUAUACCUAUUAAACUUGCAAGGUUACAGCAACAGCUAUUAUCUGCUGGCAAUUUGUGAACUUCACUGGCGAAUAGUCAUUAUUGCAAACUAUUUUAGGACUAUUACGUUUAGGCACACAAGGAUCUGUGAUGAGCUUCCUCUUGCCUUCCCUGUGACGUUUAAUGAGAAAUUUCUUCUUAUUGUGAAACGUAGUGUAAAAAUCGGUGGUUUCUUGUUGCGCAUUUGUUCUGCAGAGGAAAUAAUCUUAAGAGAUUUACCAUAGACUCCCUAUUUUGUACCACUCCACAUGAGCUAGAGUGCAAAAAUUAUGUCAUUCUUUUUAGCUCCAUCUUCCAGGAGCUGAAUAGAGGAAGAUGGGGAGAGGUUUAGCUAAAUGUAUCUACCCCUCACAUUCUCACUGUCUGGUACCACAAUGCAAGGUCACUGCAAAGAAAGGAAAAAAAACUGAGACCCCGCAAGUAACAGUGCUGCUUUUUCAUAAAUGUUUGCUUGGAAAGUUAUAUUUAUUUUAUAUAUAUAUAUUUUUUUUUUAUUUUUUUAAUAAUUAGAGACCAGAUUAUCUUGAUUACAUAUCUGUAGUUUUGGAUUUCUAGGUUACAAAGCAAAAAGCAUCGGAAACUGAAAAAAAAGUUGACGUGAUCACCAGUGGUAAGUUUUUGGUUUGAUUUGGCUUUUUUAUGCUUCCUGCUCCGUUUAAACCCCCAAAUCAUUUACGGUACUGUAUUUCAAGAUACUCUCGGCUGUUUGCAUAACUAGGAUGCCUCAGGUGUAAUGACCUCCUAGUUUGUGAUAACCUGCAAAACAAGUUGCUCAAAUAUUUCAUUUCUUACUCACGGCAAGUAGUCAAAAUCUGGUAACACAUAUAAUUUAAAUUAUUGUAUUGAUAGUAUUUUUUUAUUUGUGUCUUGUAUUUUUUUUUGGGCAGUGAAGCUAGUCUCAACUUCAGCUACUUUUCACAAAUCCCACACAUAUACUUGAAUAGGCACGAGGAAGAAUAUUUGAUAAGAGUAAUUGUAGCUUCUAGCUGCAGCAAUUAUCUGGAGUUAUAAUCCAUUGCUGGAAGGAAAUAUGCACAGAUUAGGUUGCUAUAUUUUGGAGUGUCCUCUUAUAAAAUGAACACAGCAGGUUACUUAAAUUGUAUGCAGUAUGUUUUGUUAUUCCACACUUGUCAAAUUAGGAAAAUGUGUUCUUUUAAAUGUGUGCAUGUGUAUAUUAUUUGUGUGUUUUUGUUUUUUUUGUUUGUUUUAUUGCCAUUCUCAAAAGAAAGCUGGGUCUUUUUUUUUAAUUUUAUUUAUUUUAAUUUUAUUUUUUCAAAAAAAAUAUAACUUUUUAAAGCCCUAUAUGUGGAUGUGAAUUUACUUAUGCGCAAACAAAAAUGGCCAGAUUAAUCUGAAGAGGACUUGAGUGGGGGACUGGGUAAAAAAAAAAAAUACACGUCAAGAAAUCUGAAAUAGUCCUGAAAAAGUUUUGUAACUAACCUCCCAACAGUCCUUUUCUGUUGAUUAUUUUUCUGUUAUUUUAGAUAUCAUUAGAUGGGUCAUAGUUGCAGAGAAGAGACAUACUGUCAGUUGUUGCUGCUCUUGUUAAUCAGUAAAGGAGAUCUAGCUAAUAUCCACUUUAUCCAUUGAGAGUGAAUCUGACAUUGAGAUGCUUUCGGGCUUAAGCAGAUAGGAUCAGGUCUUAAACUUCAAGUGCAAGCUGCUUUAUCAAAAUUCUGGCUUUUUUUUCCCUCGUUUUUCUCGAAUGGAAAAACAUUUUUAACUGUUUUUGUUUCAUAAUAAAAAAGCACUAUUGCGGUAAGAAUGCAAACCUGUAAACACUGUUUACUCACCCUUUUCUAAUUCCAAGACUCCUUCGGCGCUGCUCUGCAUACUGUGACAUCAUCAAAAAUGCAUGUCCUUCUUUGGUGAUGGUCCAAUCCAAUGCAUCAUAGUAGUGUAGAUGCGUCUGCCCGGCAAGUGCCACACACUCAUCCAAUGCUUCUCAUAUGAAAGCAUUAAAUGUUUUCCUAUAAACUGCCACUUUAUAUGACAGUUUUACGUGGUCAGUGCAGCGCAAGUGUCUUUAUUGGCUCUUUGGAAGACAGCCACUUAGGUGUGUUUAACCCUGUAAUGGAAACAUUGCAUCUUCUUAAAAAAAAAAUGCAGUGUUUUAAAUUGUGGGGUUAAAAUGACAAGGACACUGCAUCCAAACCACUUCAUUGAGAAGUGACUUUAGUGUCCCUUUAACUGCUAGAAGAAACACUAAAAUGGUCUAGUUGGAUAAGAGUUGAAUUUUACUUCUCUAUCUUUGCUUUUAAAAAGGUGGAAUAAAUCACAAAAUGCAGUAAAGGGAUUCUCCACUAUGCUGCUACUAUUACUAUCUUAGCUCCUUGCAUGAAGCUCUCUUUUCUUUGUUUUUUCAGUAUGCUCUUUAUAGUUACAGCAAUUUACAACUCACACUACAUCAUAUCUAAGGCAGAGGCAUGCUUUAUUUUGGCUUAACUAUAAGUCUUUGCUAAGCACAGUGCACUCAUUGAGUACAAUGGGAAGACCAGGAUUGGCUGCUGUAAACCUAUGGUUCCCCAUGGGAACCGAAAGUGGCUGAGGAUUCUUUUAAUGAGGCAAAUUCACUGAACAAGAAUUAGGUGUGUUUUUUUGUGAAUAGACAGGCAUGGAAAAAUGUAUUCGUUAUAGCCGAAUUGAAGAAUAUAUCGAACCUCUAUUUUGGCUGGAAUUUUCAUCCCCAAUAUAAACUCACCACAAUUUUACUGUCCAUAAUGCCUGCUUAGGUGUCCUCACACACAAUAAUGGUUUGUGAUCUCACAAUUGCACUAAUACUUGGUUGGUUUUUAGUUUUUGUCCAGGAAAUGUUUGGCAGCAAAUUACUGCUUUUACUUGUAACCUUUCAGCUAUUUUAACCUCUUUGUUCCCAUGUUAAAAUCGGAAUAUGAUUAAGGUUUUGCUACUAUCCCCAGCACUUUAUAAGUUAAAUUCCCAGUUCCCUGGCGGUUUCCAGUCCCUCCCUCCUUUCUUCUGCCCGUGGUAACUGGAUUGUUUACCUAGUAAUUAGAACAUGCUGUGAACAAGAUGCCCCAACUUUCAAGGGGCCCUCUGUGGCUUUACAAGGAGUCUGAUGAGGUUCUAGAAGGUGACAUUAAGACGGUGUGUUCUGCCAGCUGGAAGUAUUCCCUGCAAAGAAAAUAAGAUUUCUUUAUUGAAUCACAUUUUAUGUUUUACAUUUUUUUUAAAUUUAUUUAUAAUUUUUGCAGACAGGCGCUGCCUUAGGGAAAAUCUAAAUAUAUGAGGGAAAAUGUUUAAACUUGGCAUUAUCGGUAACUGAAGUGAACAUUUCUAACUGUGCCUUGUGCUUUUAUUAUUAUUAAAAUACAGAUGUGGUUGACAGCAAGACUUUAUGCUAGAAACAAGCUGUAUGCUAUAUUGUAUAAAGUGAGAAUUGAUAGAGGGAAAAUAAGCAUUAGACCACAAUAUACAAUCAAGGUUUGGAGAACAUUUCCAAUUUGAUUACUUUGGCUUUUGCAAUUUCUUAUCAUUUCCUGUCUUAUUGAAUAAUCCCCAUAUUGUACAAAUUUAGAAGAGCAGAUGUUAACUGCAAUCUAAUGCAAUGUUGUCUUCUAUUGGCACAGUAGUUAUUGUAUUUAUGUCAAGCCUUGAAUAGACUUCCAAGGAAACACAGCUGUUUGUGAAACACAUUCUGUGUUCAUUAAACCUAGCCGUUUAGGCUGUGGCUCAUUCACAUCUUUUGAAAAUCUCUGCAGUUACAAGCGAUUGUUUGCCAACAAACUGAGAUAAGGGACCUCUUUGCACCAUAACCUAAGCAAAGAGACUAGCUUUGGAGUAUCUCUUUAGAGGCAAGAAGGAGAAAUGUGUCUGAUAUAGGCACACUUCCAAAGUAUGAGAUAACAGAAAUGCCAGUUAGGUCGGUUAAGAAGUCCUAACUGCAGCUGAAGGACCCCGAAAAAUUAUACACCAAUCAUAAGAGGAUAAACAAUGUAUGGCACAGGAGAUCAUUUUCGAUUUUCAGCAACUUUGUAAAUAUUUUUUAAAAUCUUCCAAUCUACCUUUCAUGGAUUUUAACUAUUGUAAGGAGAAAGGGCAUAUGUUCUACCAACUUAUUGUCAUACCUUCUGAAACUGGGGUCCACACUUGUAAUGCUCUAUAUUUUGGAGCCUGGUAAAUUCUCCCACUGACCGGUUUUGAGACUCUGUGCACCUGUAAAAGUAGAUUUGUUUUAAGCUAAAUGCAACUCUGUGACAUACAUUCAGCCAUGGUGGGCUUCUCAACCCGAAGGCCACUGUGGAGAGAGGCAAGUCAUAAUAUGCAGGCCAUCGUUUUGAGUAGCGCCACUUUUCUUUUACCUUUUUCUAAAACAGAUUAAAUGUAAACAGAUACUGAAUGAGAAGCCCAUCUGCUAUAGGUCAUGAUCUCAUUGAGACUUAUGGUCUAAGCACAGGAAUCCGAUAAUGUAAAUGCAAACAUGGUAUUUUUAACCACUGAGCCAUUUAAAAAAAAUAAAUAAAGCAACCUAUUGACCAUAUUGUGUCAGUCUGAUUUAAGUUGAUAUGGGGGAUUGGGGAAUUCUCCAAUGUGGUCUAAGGUGAGAUACUAUGUUUUGCUUAAAAUCAAUAUUAGAGGUUUAAGCCGGAAGACUCUCUCUUCCUCUUAAGUUAAAUCAGGCAUCUCUUACUGGGAGGAUAUGCAAAUUCCAGUAUAGAGACAAUUUUCAUGUUGUUGCUAGAGCACCCCCUAUCAAAGGAUUUGCUCUAGUGGGACAUAAUGCAGCAAAUUGGCACCACUGUCUUUCAUGCUUUUUAUACAUCAUGCUUAUUCACCAGCACUGUGCUUUAUGGGGAAUAAUGAUUAGAAAACAAUGUCCUGUCUUCUGUAAUCAAGGUAACCUGUAAAGGGGCCUUCUCUACACAUGUAUAAUAUUGAUGUUGCUCAGGCAAUGAGGUCUGAUUAACCCCUUAAGGACCAAACUUCUGUAAUAAAAGGGAAUCAUGACAUGUCACACAUGUCAUGUGUCCUUAAGGGGUUAAGGCAAACAAAUAUAAAAUGACAUUUAUUUUAUAUGCUCGUGAAUGUCAGCAGAUGUAAAGAAUCACCCUUGCCCAAAAUUUGCAUCCAGUGUCUGUUUUUAGUUGCCUGUGCAUCCUUGCAGUACCAUAAUGCUUGGCACAGCAUCACACAAUGCCUAGGGCACGACUGCUCACUAAACAUAGUAUAAGUACAAUGAUGUGUUUGCUUUCGCAGCAACUGCUAUAUUUGUUGUUUAUAUCUCAUAGCCAGUGACCUAGAUAUAUAAAAGAACACCGUGGGGUCUCUUCUCUUAAGCUGUAAGAACAGAUUUGUACAACUUUGGACAAAAUGGAAGCAAUUGGGAGAAAGACAUGCCAACACUACUGAAUUGGAGUUUUUAACCAGCAAUACUGGUUUUGUCCUGAAUAAUUACUCAUGUCUUUUCUUAAGCAACCACAACUAGCUGUUUAAUGAAAUAAAACAAAAUUGGGUAGCAUAAUGUUAUGUUUGUCAUGUAUUUGGUGUUUAAAGGAAGACUGCAAGCACAUAGCGGUUUUAAUACGAUUUGACAACUUAGGGCACCCGCACCACAUUCAAUCUACUCCAGGAGAAGCUACAUGACUAUAGAAUAAAGCAUGGCCAAUACAGGCUGCACUCACUAGCUGAGAGCGCUCAGCUGACACUCUCGGCCAUUAUGCAUGGUCUAAUAUGAUCCUGCAUGGUUCUCUAGAGCAAUCUUGUUUCUCCUUCUGGCGAAAAUGAGAUGCAUGUAUGCUGUGAUGGUGCCAGCAGGACCCCGGUAAGUGUCAAGUCAUUCUAAAGCGAUUUGUGACAUCUUACUGUGGAAUGGCACAAUCACCACCCAGCAGGCUAUAGUGGUUAUGGGGCUUGUAAAGCUUUUUUUUUUUUUUUUUUUUAAGUGUUAAAAUAUCAAUGGCUAAGGAGUUCAGAAAUCACUGAAUUACCUCAUUUUAAUUAUUUUCUAAUGAUUUGUUUGAAAUUGUGAACUUUUUUUUUAUUUUUUAUUUUUUUAUGCGUUAAACCCCCUACCACUGUUGUCAAGAGACAUUCCCUUGUAAGUCUCACUCUUCCUGCUUGUUUCUGUGGCUUGCAAUAUUCACCCUGGCAACAGUAGUCAGCUUGCGAUAUUUGCCCUUUUUAAAACAACGCUGAUCCGUUAAUUCCCAGCUGGAUAAGAGCCUAAGGAGUCUGUCAGUUUCUUUGUAUUGCAAUCCAUUGCACGUUUUCUAGGAACGUCAAGAAAGGAGAUGAUUGAAUUAAGGGGAAUGAUCGGGGAGGGCUCUCACGGCCCCAGAGUCUGUUUUCUAUGCCGCUCUGUUAGCUUUCUUGGAAAGACUCAGCCAAACCCAAACACUAUCAGUUCUGAGAAGCUGCAGGUCUGUGGAGUUGGUGAAAGACACACACUGCUCUGUCUAGCCAUGUCUUGUGCACAGAGAGACGCAGUGCAGCACACAGCCUACUUUUCCAAAGGGACAUGCAUUUAAUGGUUCUAUUAUCCUAUUUUAUACACAGCUCAAGUUGUCGUAAAACUCAGUUUUGGAAUGAAUAUAUUAUAAAUGUCAGACUUCGUGAAACUGAAACUUCUAUUUUCUUAAAAAAAAUAAAAUUUAAAAAAAUACUUUUUGUUUAACUGGUAUACCUAUUUUAAAAGAAAUACCCUUACGAUUACUAUUUAAAAAGCCUUGGUCUAUUCAGAAGGAUUUAAAAAAAUUAUCUGUUUUAUACAUCUCUCCCCAAAACUUUGUGAGGUGUAGCUCUACCCUUUAACUAAAUGUGAAUAAUGGGAAAGCAAGCAAAAAGACUAUUUUAAUGAAGGCUCUAUAUUAUUUGCAGUAUUGUAGCAUUAUACUUAUACAACACCAUCUACAUAUAAAGUAUAUGUAUAUAUGCCAAAAUACCAGAGUAUUGCAGUAUGCAAUGAUUUUUUUAUUGGACGAACAUAAUAUUUAAAAGACAAUGUGAGUUUUUCUCUCUUCCUCAGGUCUGAAGCAAUACUGAUCAAUCUGAGUUUAACGCUUAAAACAACUGUGAGAGGAGGGGAAGGGGAGGAGGAGGAAAGGGGGGUGAGGGGCGCAGUGGGGUGUCAUAAAUAGCAGAAGAUGUGCCUGAAAGUGAAAGGUGCAGGUUGGCUGAGAAUUAUUCUGGUGUACAGAUUUGUGCCUAACAAUGUAUUGACUAUCCACUGACUUCAGAUGGAAGGGGUUUUCAAUCACAAUUUAUUUUCCCCCCACAAUAACUUUCUUGGUUUGUGCUCCAUAAGUACUGCCCAGCCUCAAUAGCAAGCCAGUAACCUACCUCAUGCUGAUGAGUUGCAUUAACAACGAAACAGCUGUCCAUGAGUGGGUCACGGCACAGCAAACACACUCCAUGGAAUCCAUGUUUAAAAUGGAAUGAGGCAAAAUGUGAUUCUUUGUUAAACUAAUUUGCAUAUGCCCACCUAGAAUCUGUUGCAGUAAUAACAUCACUGUAUGUAUAUACAGUGUGUAUGUGUGUGUGUGUGUGUAUGUAUGUAUAUAUAUAUAUAUAUAUAUACUCACAAAAGUGAGUACACCCCUCACAUUUUUGUAAAUAUCUUACUAUGCUUUUCAUGUGACAACACUGAAGUAAUGACACUGCUUCAAUGUAAAGUAGUAAGUGUACAUCCUGUAUAAAAGUGUUAUUUGCUGUCCCCUCAACACACAGCCAUUUAAUGUCUAAACCGUUGGCAACAAAAGUGGGAACACCCCUAAAUGGAAAUGUCCUAAUUGGGCCCAAAGUGUCAAUAUUUUGUGUGGCCACCAUUAUUUUCCAGCACUGCCUUAACUCUCAUGGGCAUGGAGUUCACCAGAGCUUAACCACCAGAUCACCAGAGCAGAACAGGGUUCUGUUUUGGGACAACUUCUAUUUAACAUAUUUAUAAACUAUCUUGAAAUAGGCAUUGAAAGCCACGUAUCAGUGUUUGCAGAUGACACAAAACUUUGUAAAGUAAUAAAAUGUGAGCAGGAUAUUGCUUUGCUGCAGAGAGAUUUGGAUAGAUUGGGGGACUGGGCACUAAAAUGGCAGAUGAAAUUUAACAUAGAGAAAUGCAAAGUUAUGCACUUCGGGGUUAAGAAUGCACAAGCAACUUACACACUAAAUGGUAAUGAAUUAGGGAUAACCACACAUGAGAAGGAUUUGGAAAUUGUUAUAGACAACAAAUUAGGCAGCAAUAUGCAAUGUCAAUCUGCAGUUGUUCAGGCCAGUAAGAUUUUGUCAUGUAUAAAUAGGGGCAUAAAUUCUCGGGAUGAAAAUAUAAUUUUGCCUCUUUAUAAAUCGCUGGUAAGACCACACCUUGAAUAUGCUGUGCAAUUUUGGGCGCCUGUUCUAAAGAAGGAUAUCAUGGCACUGGAGAGGGUCAAGAGACCAGCUACAAAAUUGAUAAAAGGAAUGGAGCAUUUUAGUUAUGAAGAAAGGUUAAAAAAAAUUAAAUCUGUUUAGUUUGGAAAAACGGCGCCUGAGAGGGGAUAUGAUAACUUUAUACAAAUAUAUUCGGGGCCAGUACAAACCUUUAUCUGGAAAUCUAUUCAUAAACAGGGCUAUACAUAGGACACAAGGUCACACAUUUAGGCUGGAAGAAAGGAGAUUUCAUCUAAGGCAAAGAAAAGGUUUUUUUACAGUAAGAACAAUAAGGAUAUGGAAUUCUCCAUACAGAUGUUUAAACUGAAAUUGGAUAAAUACUUACAAAAACAUAACAUACAGGGAUAUAAUUUCUAAUAAGUGGGGUAAUAGCUGCUUGAUCCAAGGAGACAUCUGACUGCUAUUUUGGGAUCAAGAAGGAAUUUUUUUCCUAAUUUGUGGCAAAAUUGGAAGCACUUCAGACCAGGUUUUUUGCCGCCUUUUGGAUCAACAGCAACAACAUUUGUGAGGAAGGCUGAACUUGAUAGACGCAAGUCUCUUUUCAGCUAUGUAACUGUAUGUAACUAUGUAACAGGUUGCCAAUGGAGUCCUCUUCCACUCCUCCAUGAUGACAUCACGGAGCUGGUGGAUGUUAGAGACCUUGCGCUCCCCCACCUUCCGUUUGAUGCCCCACAGAUGCUCAAUAGGGUUUAGGUUUGGAGACCUGCUUGGCCAGUCCAUCACCUUUACCUUCAGCUUCUUUAGCAAGGCAGUGGUCGUCUUGGAGGUGUGUUUGGGGUUGUUAUCAUGUUAGAAUUCUGCCCUGUGGCCCAGUCUCCAAAGGGAGGGGAUCAUGCCCUGCUUCAGUAUGUCACAGUACAUAAUGGCAUUCAUGGUUCCCUCAAUGAACUGUAGCUCCCCAGUGCCGGCAGCACUCAUGCAGGUCCAGACCAUGACACACUCACCACCAUACUUGACUGUAGGCAAGACACACUUGUCUUUGUACUCCUCACCUGGUUGCUGUAACUCACGUUUGAAACCAUGUGAACCAAAUAUGUUUUUCUUGGUCUCAUCGGACCACAGAACAUGGUUCCAGUAAUCCAUGUCCUUAGUCUACUUGUCUUCAGCAAACUGACAGGCUGACCUCCCACCCCUUCAACCUCUGCAGUAAUGCUGGCAGCAGUCAUACGUCUAUUUCCCAAAGAUCACCUCUGGAUAUAACGCUGAACACGUGCACUUAACUUCUUUGGUCGACCAUGGCAAGGCCUGUUGUGAGUGGUACCUGUCCUGUGAAACCUCUGUAUGGUCUUGCCCACCGUGCUGCAGCUCAGUUUCAUGGUCUUGGCAAUAUUCUUAUAGCCUAGGCCAUCUUUAUGUAGAGCAACAAUUCUUUUUCAGAUUCUCAGACAGUUCUUUGCAAUGAGGUGUCAUGUUGAACUUCCAGUGACCAGUAUGAGAGAGUGUGAGAGCGAUAACACCAAAUUUAACACACCUGCUCCCCAUUCACACCUGAGACCUUGUAACACUAACGAGUCACAUGACACCAGGGAGGGGAAAUGGCUAAUUGGGCCCAAUUUGGACAUUUCCACUUAUGAGUGUACUCACUUUUGUUGCCACGGUUUAGACAUUAACCCCUUAAGGACUGGACUGUUUUUGCGAUGUUGUACAUUUGCGACCAGGAAUAUUUUUACACUUUUGUGGUGUUUGUGUUUGGCUGUAAUUUUCCGCUUUCUCAUUUAUUGUUCCCAUACAAAUUAUAUAUUGUUUUUUUCAGGACAAAAGGGGCUUUCUUUACAUACCAUUAUUUAUAUAAUCUCAUGUAUUUUAAUUUAAAAAAAAUAAAAAAAAAUGAUGAAAAAUUGAAAAAAUACAUGUUUUUUGACUUUUACUUGAAAAAUCUUUUACUCAUCUACAAAAGCGAAUGAAAAAAACUGCUAAAUAGAUUCAAAAUUUUGUCCUGAGUUUAAAAAUACCUAGUGUUUACGUGCUUUUUUGCUUUUUUUUGCAUGUUAUAGGGCUAUAGGUACAAGUAGGAUAUUGCGGUUUCAAAACAUACAUUUUUAAAAUUUAUCAAUAGUGACAUUGUAACACUAUUAUCUGUCAUAAAUCUCUGAAUAACACCCCACAUGUACAUAUUUUUUUUAAAGUAGACAACCCAGGGUAUUCAAUAUGGGGUAUGUCCAGUCUUUUUUAGUAGCCACUUAGUCGAAAACACUGGCCAAAGUAAGCAUUCAUAUUUGUUUGUGUGUGAAAAAAGUAAAAAAACUAAAUUGAACGCUAAUUUUGGCCAGUGUUUGUGACCAAGUGGUUACUAAAAAAAGACUGGACAUACCCCAUUUGCAAUACCUUGGGUUGUCUUCUUUUGCAAAUGGUAUGCCAUCAUGGGGGUAAUUCUCAUUCCUGGGCUACCAUACGCUCUCAAAGGCAACGUAACCAACCUGGCCAUUUUCAAUGUAAAAAUAUUUGACCCAUAUAUUUGACCUUGUAACUUUCAAAAAUGCUAUAAAACCUGUACAUGGGGGGUACUGUUUUACUCGGGAGACAUUGCUGAACACAAAUAUUAGUGUUUAAAAACUGGAAAACGUAUCACAACAAUUAUAUCAUCAGUAAAAGUGCUGUUUGUGUGUGAAAAAUGCAAAAAAAGUAACUUUCACUGACAAUAUCAUCGCUGUGAUAUGUUUUACUGUUGUGAAUCACUAAUAUUUGUGUUCAGCGAAGUCUCCCGAGUAAAACAGUACCCCCCAUGUACAGGUUUUAGGGUGUCGUAGAACGUUACAGGGUAAAAUACAGUGCUAGCAAAUUAAAUUCUCUGGAAUUUCGGCCUGGGUUGGCAGGCAGGUCCCUCAAAUUGCAAUCAAUAAAAUUACUGAAUUAUGUAAAAAUAUUACAUAAAUACGCACGUAGAAUUUAAAUAUAUAUGCAUAUUUAUAUAUUUGAAGUCUACGUGUAUAUUUAUAUAAUUAUUUAUGUAAUUUUGUAUAUGGACGUAUGUAUAUUAUUAUUUUUAUUUAUUUUUAUAUACAUAGAUAUAUAUACAAAUUCAUUCUAAGUGUAUUUUGAUAUAAAUAUAUAUAUUAAUUUUAAAAUACAGUUAGAAUAAAAUUUCAUAUAGCUAUAUAAUUUUUAAAUAUUUUAUUAUUUAAAAAAAAAAUUAUUUAAUUUAAAUUACUUAUUAUUUAUAUUUUAUAAUAAUAUAUAUAUACAAUAUAUAUAGUUAUUAUAUAUUAUAUAUAUAUACGUGUGUAAUUUAAUUAUAAGUGUAUUUUUAUAUUAAUAUAAGUACAUAUUAAUAUAAAAAUACACUUAGUAUGACAUUAUAUAUAUAUGAUAUAUAGACAUAUAUUAUAUAGAUAUAAUAUAUGUCUAUAUAUCAUAUAUACACAUAUAUAAUUAUUUUAUUUUUUUAAUUAACACUAACUUUAUUUUUUUUUCUGAUUUUACACAAGCAGGGAGACUGCCUGUCAGCACAGACAGUCCCCCUGCAGGCAGACACAUGGACACCUAUUGUGACCAUGUGAUCGCUGUGUUAAGCGAUCACAUGGCCACAGGGGUCCUAAUAUGCCGUGGGGAGACUGUCUGGGCUGCAGGCAGUCUCCCCACAACCGGAGGAACACUGAUCGCCGCCGGGGGAACGACGGCGAUCAGGUAAGUACCCCCAGACCGUUAGGACGGUUCAGGACCGUCAUCGGUCGGCAAGCCAAAAAUGCCGAUGACGGUCCUGAACCGUCCUCGGUCCUUAAGGGGUUAAUGGCUGUGUUGAAUUAUUUUGAGAGGACAGCAAAUUUAAACUGUUAUGCAGGCUGUACACUUACUACUUUAUAUUGUAGCAGAAUGUAAUUUCUUCAGUGUUUUUUCACAUGAAAAGAUAUAGUAAAUUAUUUACAAAAAUGUGAGGGGUGUACUCACUUUUGUGUGUGUGUGUUCGUGUGUAUAUAUUACAAUUAAUGUUUCAUUGACAUAACAUUAUUUACCACCCAGAUGACGCUACCUUUGCGUUUCCUCUAUCGGUGCAUACAUGCACUUCCUCCUACUUCUGUGAACGUACGCGUCUACCAGACACGUUACCAUGGCAAAUAUUUGCAUGAGCACGGACGCAUUCAGACAUGUUCACAUCAAAAUCAACUAUAUUCGUGCCCUUAGAUGAGCACUCCUAUUUAAAAAUAUAUAAACCGUUCAAAAUAUAUGCUGUCCUUUGUGCUGAAGAGAACGGCCAUUGGAUUAGUCUGUCCUAUAAAUGAGAAAAUAAGCCAAAACUAAAUUGGAUUUUUGUUUCUUUAACCUGGUUUGUUGUAAUUCAGUGGUUUUAUAUAUAUUUAUGUUGCAAAAUCAUUUAUUUUAGGGGAUACAUAUCCCAUGUGGAAUAAUUUAUUUUAAUAACUCUUAUGUAGUCUGAAAUGUUUGUUGGCAUGUUCUCAUUUCUUACACAGAGUUUCGUUAUGGUUAUUUAGCACUUAGCAUUUUUAAAAAUAUAUUUAUUUAUUGUUUUUAUGGAUUUUAUUCAUAAGAAUAACGGUAGCCACCAUUCAAUUGCAGUUUUUCAUUGAUUAUAUUAUCGCCAAUGAUAGCAGUUUCACCAUAGUAAGAUUCUGGGCUUAAAAGUAGCAUGUUUAAAACGCAUUUGCAAUAUUGCAUCUUCUCACAUUGUCACGUCUCAUCCCUCCCAAUAUAUAACAGGACUUUAAGUGAAAUACUUUGUAUCAAAUAAUCCUACAAACGUAGUCACUUUUGCUUUACUUUUUGCACUGGAUUGGACUGAUGCUCUUUGGUACAAAGGACAACAAAUUUUUGCACUGUUUAUAUAUUUUAAAAAGGAGCGCAGGACAAUGGCCACAAAUAUAGAUUAUUUUGAUGGUGACUGUGACAGUGUGUCCUUGCUCAUCUGAAUGGUCACUAUGGUAACACACCUGGUAGAUUUGCACAUUCCCAAAAGUGGGAGGCACUGCACAUGUGCACGGAGAGGGGAUACUUUAAGGUAUCUUUACCUGAGUGGUAUGUAUUUAUUUGUCUAUUGUCAUUCUAUUUUGCAGCAAUAAUUUGGUUUAAAGACCCAGAGUGCUGGAUUGAUUUAGAAAGAUAUAUGGAUAGAUAUACACACACCCACAUACCUGUUCGUAAAUGUAGAACAUGAUAUAUAAAUAUAUUAAUUGUUCAAAUCUUCAAAUAUAGGUAUCGCAUCUGUGAUAAAACCAUACUCCCCUCAUCUGCAAUGGUUCUUGGCAAACACACGUUUUGUAGAUAUACAUUCAGUAUGGUGUGUCCUGAUAAAAUUAGUUUUAUUUACGUCACUAUUGUGAGAUAAUUUUUAAAAUGGAAUCUUCUAUUAAUCUCCCUACACAGACAGAUUUUCUAGCAUUGAAACACAUGUCAAGGGUGCUUGUUUUAUUUUGCGUUUCUCUGACUACCAACGCCCACUUCCACUGAAAAAGGACUUAAAAUGUAAACUUUUAAGUUUCUAGAAGUGCCAAAACCUGUCACCCUGCCAAGACAAACAUUAAACCAUUGGCUCAGAGCCACCACAACAUAUAAAAUAUAUUCCAGUGCAAUAAUAUGAUUUUUUUUUUUUUUUUUUUUUUUAACACACACACUCCAGAGUAGUAUUUUAAAAUGCACAGUAAAGACAUUGAAUUUCAGAAUACAUUGUGAUUAUUAUACAGGGAUUGGUUUACCCCUCUUGCAGCAGUUUAAAAGGAUCAUAUUUGAUAAUGAUUAUGCCAUAUUUUCUUUCUUUUGGUAGCCCCAUUGUUUUCUGUAGAUGUCUAUAAGUUUACAAUGGGGGGUAGAAAAACAGGAAAUAAUUACACGAAUGAAAUGGCCAAAUGUUCAGCCAAUCUAAGAUCUCCCAUGUUAUGUGAUCUUCAUAGCAGAAGGUAAAUGGAGGUUCCGUUUUUAUGGAUCCACCUACCAGCAAUAAUAAUUACCCACUGGCUGCCUCUCAUUCGUCUGCAAAAGAUAAAAUCAAUAAAAAAAAAAUUGUUAGACAAUUUAAUGAUCUCAAUAAGCCAGAGCUGGUCUGUACCCCUGGGGUACGUGAGAUCAUAUUUCUAGGAAGUUUGCAGCUAUUUUUAUGUAUGUUUUUUUUUGUUGUUUUUUUUAAAUUUGUUUUUGUUUGUUUUAUUUAUUUUUACAAUAAACCAAAAUAAGUGAUAUGAGGGGUACCUCUUUUCUUUCUUUUUUUCUUUUUCCAAUGUUAUUCUAUGGUCCUAUACAAAUAUAUAUGAGGCAUACAGAUUGCUAUUUUGGGGUCAAGAAGGAAUUUUUUUCCUAAUUUGUGGCAAAAUUGGAAGCGCUUCAGACCAGGUUUUUUGCCGCCUUUUGGAUCAACAGCAACAACAUUUGUGAGGAAGGCUGAACUUGAUAGACGCAAGUCUCUUUUCAGCUAUGUAACUAUAUGUAACUAUGUAACAGGUUGCCAAUGGAGUCCUCUUCCAUUCCUCCAUGAUGACAUCACGGAGCUGGUGGAUGUUAGAGACCUUGCGCUCCCCCACCUUCCGUUUGAUGCCCCACAGAUGCUCAAUAGGGUUUAGGUUUGGAGACCUGCUUGGCCAGUCCAUCACCUUUACCUUCAGCUUCUUUAGCAAGGCAGUGGUCGUCUUGGAGGUGUGUUUGGGGUUGUUAUCAUGUUAGAAUUCUGCCCUGUGGCCCAGUCUCCAAAGGGAGGGGAUCAUGCUCUGCUUCAGUAUGUCACAGUACAUAAUGGCAUUCAUGGUUCCCUCAAUGAACUGUAGCUUCCCUGUGCCGGCAGCACUCAUGCAGGUCCAGACCAUGACACACUUACCACCAUACUUGACUGUAGGCAAGACACACUUGUGUCAAUUGUAGGUUUCACUUCCCCAAGCUCUAUUGAAUAAUUAUGUUUCUAUAAAUGAGUGUGGAUCAGCAGUCACCAUGUCAGAUUUUACUGGAGAAUAUGUGGUCCUAGAAUGUUUUCCUGUGAGAUUUUAUUUUUUUUGUGCAGCAAUACAAAAUUCACUAACCUACAGCUACACCUUUGCUGCCUAGGGACACCUCUAGUGACAGGCACUCGGACGGUCUCUAAAGGUGCUUCCUGAGUUGUGCAGCACUGACGUUCAGUGUCUCUAAAGUCUGAAUAGCCAACACGGAAACUUUCUCCAAGUCGGCAAUGCUUUAAAUUCAGCUUCUUUGGCCCUUAAAUUUUAAAUGCUUUAUUUUACAAUCGCUGAUUAACCUUUUAAGUGCGAGGAAUAAAUCUGUUUAUUUUGUUUUGUGCCCAGUCUGGCAUUUUAGGGCUGUUAUUUCAGGACAAACUUAAAUUCUAAGUUCGUCUCCUCUAACCCAAUGAGUGCCUGAGGGAUGAGACACAUUGCUUUGCAAGUUUGCAGUGGUUACAAAACUGCAGUGUAUACGUUAUGUUAAUCUAAACAAGCUGCACUGACGGCCUUGAAUACUAUAAUUAUAUGAAACAAUGAGGCCUUUCUCCUGCAUUAACAGUUUUAGACAAGUACUCUCCUAUAUUGGGCACAAACUUCUACCACAAAAAGAAUAGACAUUCAGAAUAGGGCAGAAAAUGUAAACGGAUUAAGUUUCCUGACUGAUUUUGGUAUAACUUGUGUAAGCUCUGGGAUUGUGGAGAAUUGAUAACGGAAUGGCAAAUAUAAGCUAUUUUUCCAGCUCUUACAUUUACCCCAGAGUUAGAGAAUUUUCAUUUCGGGUAGUUUGGCCCUAAAGGUGAAGUUCCUUUAGAGUUUAUACAGAACUCAUUAAGAAGUUUAAGUUGUAAAAUAAACUGCCAAAAAUAGGGACGAGCUGUGACAAUAGCAGAGUUGGAGAGUUUUAUAGUUUGUUUUAGCCUACAUUUUGCAAUUUCUUUUAACUUUCUCUUUGAAACAGAAAAGCUUUAACAUUGGAAUGACUGAGGGGAUCUUCUUAUUAGUAGAAGGAUUCAAAGUUUUAUAAUGCCAAUAUAUACCGCAGUGCUUUACAAUGAUCAAAAGGAGAUAUUUAGAGGGUAAAAAUGGGCUUACAAUCUAUGAGGAUUUGAGGUUGAUGGAUAUAUACCAUAAAGUGUCUUGCCCACUGGUGAGGUGGCUUGACCAGGAUUCGAACCUGGGUUUCCCAGCUCAAAGAUAGUGACAUAACCCUGCUCUAGACAGCCGAUACUGUUCUAAGCUCUAUGUAACUGGACUAGUUUUAGAACCACAUUGUUCAGUUUUCUUACAUUUUCUUUUUAAAUUUGACAAUUUUAAUUGCGUUUAGGGUACAGAAAAAAAGAUGGGGAGGGUUGGGUGAAAAUUGCAUAUACGUUAGCUUGGUUUACAAUUUUGAACAUACAUGUGGAAUCGCAUUUGAUUAUAAGAAUGUAUUUGCAUUAAACUUGGUAUACAGAAAGGAAGGUAAGGUAAUGGGGAUAACUGUGGUGUCCAACCUGGUUAGUUUGUGCUAUGCAUUUUCGCUUGUAAUAAUUUCAGAUUCUUGCCUUUUUGCUGAGUCAGUCAUUUUUGUAUGCAUGUUAAAUGGUUUUAACUAGGCUCUGUAUAAUCAAUAUGUAUUCUGCAUUCUUUCGAUUAACCGUGUUCAAUUACUCAGUCAGGUGGUCUGUUUCAGUGUGUCACCUGGAUGUUUAUUAUCAGUCCGGUUCGCAGUUUACUUACAUUUUCUUAAACACUCUGUAGACUGUUGAAAUUAUGCUACUCCGAUGGUCUUUCUGUAAUGAUUGUGAAAAAAAUUAAACUGUUCAUAUCAUUUACACCUUUUUUGGCAUUUAUUCAUUACACAGAGUUUAUGUACAGAGAUUAGUGUUUGGAGAGUACAGUGCCUUGCAAUUGUAAACUGUUAAAGGGAUUCUAUACUGUUAGGAAUACAAAUCUAUAGAGGCAUCUAGUCCCCACCCAAUUACAGCGCUGAUCUCCUUUUGCCGCUCUGCCUCCUGUGACGUCAUCCGACAGAGGCCUAAUGCGCAUGCACAGCGCAUCUCAAAAACUGCAAUGAUUUAAAUUGCAGGACUAAGUGGGAUUAGGACACUGCACUCAGACCACUUCAAUGAGAGAGUGGUCUGGGUGACUGUAGUGUCCCUUUAAGUGCUCAUAGAAAUCAGUAUGGUGGUACAAAGUGCAUUGUGAACAUACCAUACAUUUAUGGUAAUUUCUGACAAUAAAUCACUAUUGGAUUUGGCAAGGAUAUCCACAUUCUUUGCACGUUCUUCUAAGCCCAUUGCCUGGAGAUGAUUGGGGUGAUAUGACUUGUUUGUUAAAAAUGUUGAGCAUAUACAAUGAUGUUUGCUUGCUGUGCAGUGCCUUACAGUCUGGCCCUGUUUCUUAGCUUUUAAUAAAGCAUUAACAUGUCUGUAUUGCAUGGGGAUCUGAUGCACGAGUGUAGCACACAAAGGUGAAAGCCAGACCGGAGACAUGCAUAGUAGUCGGUGGGUCUGGCAAUAGAAAGACAGUGUUUUGGUUUUCAGACCUAAGACUCCCAGAAAGAAACCCUUCUCUGUGAUGAGCACAAGCCUAUGAUUGUUCUCUUCUUUAAUUGUACUGCAUGGGGGAGUAAAUGGGAAAAGACCAGGAGAGGUGGGGAAAAAAGCCCUGUGUACAGGUUUGACGGGCUGUCAGACUAGGAGAUUGAUUCUAAAACGCUCAUGUGUUUUUGGAAGCUGUCGGUCUGAUGACUACUCAGUGCAGUGUAUUCAGCUCUUGUUGUGGGUGCAUUUUCCAUGUGUUAUUUCAAGCUGUGAGUCGUUUAUAGAAGAGAAUUCUGGGAAAGAAACCUUUGUAUUCAGUGCACCUAGAAUGCCUCUUAGCACAAACCAAAUUGGCUGCUGGCGUGAUUCAAUGGCUGGCCUGGCGUCUACCGUUAAUUCACAUUGCAGGGGAUAAAAGUUCAGUCAAUAUCCUAUGCAAUACAUUCCAUCAUGGAGGUCUAGCCAAUCUGAAUCUUCAUUAUAUUUAAUUUUUCAAUUCCUGAGUCUAGUACUCACGUACCAGUAUUAACCAGUGAAAUCCAAGGCCAGUAUAGAAUAAGCUUUGUUUAGAUGUUUGUUUUUUGUUUCACGAAAGGAUUAAUUCUGUUGCAAUUUCAGCUAGCUUGCAAGAUCUAUCAGCUGGAAAUGUUAUAAUCUAAUCACCCAUAAACUAUAGAAUACAAUGGCUGAAUAUACAUUUGUAAUUUUUAAGAAAACUCUUGGGAGUAAUUCUUCAGUUAUUCAGUGCAUUUAUGAAAGUAGUUAAAAAAAAAAAAAAAAAAAAUUCUGAAAAUUAGACGUUGGAUGAAAUUGGGUGAAUGGAUUUACUUUUUUUCCUCCGUCAUACCAAAGUCUGUAUUUGAUCUGUUAAAGGGAAACUCCAGUGCCAGGAAAACAAUCAAUUUUCUUGGCACUGUAGGUCACCUCCCACUCCCCGGUUGCUGAAGGGGUGAAAACACCUUGAGUCACUUACCUGAGGCAGCGACUAUGUCCCACGUCACUGCUUCCUCCUUCCCCGCCGCUCCUCCUCUGCAUUGCGUCGGCCGGUGGGAGAGACUGAUCCCGUCCACCGGCCGGGGAGACCUAAUGCGCGCAUGCGUAUUAGCACUCCCCAUAGGAAAGCAUUGAAAAAAGUGCUAUAAACCAGGAAGUGCCCUCUAGUGGCUGUCUAGAGGUGGAGUUAACCCUGCAAGGUAAUUGUUGCAGUUUAUAAAAAAAACUGCAAUAAUUACACUUGCAGGGUUAAGGGUAGUGGGAGUUGGCACCCAGACCACUCCAAUGGGCAGAAGUGAUCUGGGUGCCUGGAGUGUCCCUUUAACCUCUCAUAUAAUUUUAGCUGUUUUCCAUUUUAUUUUUGUGGGUUUUUUGUUUUAUUAAUUGAAAGUUUUUUAAAAGUAUACAAUAGAAAGAUUAAGUUGUAUACAGUGCAUCAAAUAAACAUAACACAUCCAGACACUUUGUAUAUUGUACCCAGUGGUUUGUCAGAAAGUAUGCCAUCAGAAGUGAUGGCCACAGGACUAAGCCACAGUGGGAGGAGGUCUGUGGUAGAAAAGUAUAUCAUAGGGGCAAUUCAAAUGUUUUGUAGAAACUUUCAGACAUCCGGAAUUCUACAGAGUGCUCUGACAUAUAGUGUUUAAGUUCUGUGCUCUAUAAGAAACUGUGUGAUGGACUCAAGAACAAAACUCAUACACAGGCUAGAUUUAGUUUGUAUUUGUCAAAUAAGCAAAUCAACAUUGCAGUGUUUGACAAAUGCCUCCUCCUCCCAACACUCGCUGCUCUCUGCACUGUCCUCUCGCUCAGGCCAGAGAUGAUAUGUGAUCUAGGACAAGAGCUGCAGUCUGCCAGCAUGUUGGGUUUCCUCAUUAGAAUGGCUGCUUACUGUGCAUGUUACUAUUGAAGAUUUCAGCAUGAGUCAAAUUGGAUCUGCACUCUGCAGCACUAAUCUCGCCGGUGUUUCCAAUUCUAGCACUUGUCAUGCAAAAAGAGGGAGACUCUGCAUAUGGGCAUAUAGUAUCACAGUGUUAUCGUUGGUUAUUUGACAUAAUGAAAUGUUAACUUAAUAUGUCAGCUGUUACAGUCUUGACUUUAUUUUAUUUAUUUUUUGUAAAAUGAGCUGGCAUGACUUGUGAUAGGGAAAUACGUUUGCAGAAGCUAGUAUUAAAUCAAGUCUUGCUGUGAAAAUGGAAACUGUUUUGCAAAGAUAGAUAUUUAGGGAAUCAUGCUAGCACAGGUACCCUUUAAUGUUGUAGUGCAGUUUAGAUCAAGCAUGUCAAACUUGCGGCCCACAUUGAUAAUAUUUGCGGCCCACCUGCCCUGGGGCCACUUUGUGCUGUGACUGCGACCAGCUGCAAGACAGGAAAGAUAUUUCCUGUCUGAUUCUUGUCUUCCCUCCCGCGGCCGCAAGAGCGCAUAGUGUCUGUCUGUCUGCAGAGCAGGCCAGCCACUCCCCCUUGAGCAGAGAAGAGCAGGGCCGGAACUGGAGGAUGGGCGGCUCAUCUUAAGGUUGCAGAAGAGAGGCUUGGGGGGCCUUCCUGUGUAGUGUGUUAAAUUGGGGAAAGGGGGCACUGUAUAAUUUUGGGGAGGAAGGGGGGCAGUGUAUUAAUUUGGAGGAGGGAAGGGGCCUGUGUAUUUAUUUGCAGGAGAAGGCACUGUAUUAAUUUGGGGAAGGGAAGGGAACCAGUGUAUUAAAUUGGGGAUAGGGCAAUGUAUUAACCUGGGGGAGGGAAGGGCAGUGUGUCAGAGUGGUGGGAGGGGCGGUGUGUCAGAGUGGUGGGAGGGGCGGUGUGUCAGAGUGGUGGGAGGGUGGUGUGUCAGAGUGGUGGGAGGGGCGGUGUGUCAGAGUGGUGGGAGGGGCGGUGUGUGUAAUUGGGGGCAGGGCAUUGUAUUUGGGGGAGGGCGGCGUAUUAGAGUGGUGGGAGGGGCGGCGUAUUAAAUGGGGAAGGGCAAUGUAUUUGGGGGAGGGGAUUGGUGGUGUAUUAGAGUGGUGGGAGGGUCUGUGUAUUGGGGGCAGGGCAAUGUAUUUGGGGGAGAGGGGAGUAGUGGGAGUGGGCAGUUUUUUUUGGAGUGGGUCUGCAUGGAGGCGCUGAACAUUUACCAUGGAGAUGCUGAUUAGCCACUCAACUUUUUUUGCCACACAUGCACAGGAGCCUCACAAUGAUUUUCCAUUGGAAAGCAUUGGAUUGGCUGAGAUCAUCAAGUUUGAUCUCAGCCAAAGUAAAGAACACGUGAAGAACAAAAAGCAACAAGAUAACAUAAUUUGUCAGGCAACUUUUUUAUACUGUACUUUUCUAAAGGAACUUAAGUUUCUAUGAAAACUAAAGUUGUGGGGUGUUUUUUUUUUUUUGUUUUGUUUUGUUUUUUUUUUGUGGCCCACAUGAACUUAAACCUUGUUUAUUUGUCCCGUGUUUUCCUUUGACUUUGACAUUCUUGGUUUAGGUGGUCCUUCACAUUUACAAAAACAGCAUGGAUGUAGUACUCUGUAUUAUAUUUUAUCUUCACUAAAUAAAGUAUGGUGUUUUUUUUUUUUUUAAAUAUAUUUAUAUUUCAAUAAUAUAAUUUUUCUAUUUAUUUUUUUGCUUCCCAGUUAGCCAUGGUUACUGGUAAGAUAAAAGAUUGAAAAAAAUAUAUCAGGUGUAAAUUUGUAAAUUAUAUAUGCAAAAUAAAGCACACCAGUAUAAUAAUAAUAAUGCUACCCAGAAUAACAACCUCACUUGUUGGGGGGAAGGGAGGGGAGGGUGGUUAAUACAUUUGCACGAUAGUAAAUACAUUUGCAUUAUAGACUAAACACUGUGACCAAUCAAUACUUUAGGAAUUGACUGGGAAAACAUGAUGGCAUUUGGAGAAGGAUCGGUUCACAGGAAUAAAUCAGGAUAGCAACAGUGCUAAAUCAAAAGGUAGAACUCCACCUAGCUACUACAGACAAACUGGGCUAACAUAGGAAUAUCAUAGAGUAGUUUAUGGUUGGUUAGAAAAAGUAUAGGUGGAGGUAUAACCGGAGUGGUUGACGUUACUCUACCUGAGCUGAAUAAGAUAGCGUUCACUACUAUGGAUAGUAAGCGCUUGUUAUUAGAUAUGUAGUAUCAUAUCCUGCCUCUCUAGGAAACGACAUGCAGAGAUCAGUAAAGUAUAUAAUGCCCCUGUCAAUUCAGACUUCUAACUGGAUCUGAAUAUUUUUUACAACGCUGUACAGUUUGACAGACUGUCAUAAAAUAUUCUGUUUUUAAAUAUGUGGUUUGUAGGUUUCCAUGCAGAAUAAACCACUUCAAGUAAUGCAUAAUUUAAAGUCUAGUUUGGGGUAAAAUGCACUGUAUCAGUAUUCAGACUUCACUUCUAUAGCAUCAGACGUAAUAUGUGUGCGUAUGUUUUCAAUGUGUUCCCAUGCAGACGUCUCUGCAGCUUGGCUAACUGAUGACGGAAUCCGCAUAACUCUCAGGAGAUUCCUAGAAGUCUGGAGUUUAGAUUGGCUUAACUUUCCUGGAAUUUUGUAUAUAUAUAUAAAAAAAAAAAAAAAGUAUAAAUAAGCAAAAAAUAAAAAGAAUUAUUGUGUUGGCUAAAAUGCACCACCUAGUGGCAGAACAUUAAAUCUGCAUAUAAAGGUAAAGCAAAGCAUGUCAUUUAAUUCUAGAUACACAAAAACUACACAUUUGCAUUAUCCAAGCAAGCAGAGUGCAAUUUAACUAUAUAAAUCAGGUCUGUCCAACUGUGGGGUCUUAAGUUGUUAAACUACAACUUACUGAAUCAUCUGUUCAGGUCACUAUAACUUGCUCUUUAGGGAAUAAACCUCAUUGUGUUAUAUGUCCUUGCUUGCAUUAUGUAAUUUGUGUAAAAGUCAAAAUUAUUCAUUUUUGUGUGAGAAAGUGAUAUUAGAUCACUGGAGGUUGACUGGGAUUACAGUUGCUAGCAUUGUGAUAUAUCUGGUCUAAAGACGCUGAUUUCCAAAUCUAACUAUCUUCACCUUUCUUGCCUGGUUUAAAACCACUUCUCUGAAUACCCCACACACUGUGAGUUGUAUGCUCUCUCCAUCUCUGACUCAUAGGGGGUAAUAGAAAAAAAAAUGGUCUAAUGUCUUAUAAGCAAUUACCAUGGAAACCAGUAGAACAGACGGGCACAAUUCAUUGUAGACUUCUAUUUUAAAUCUUAGCACUGCUUUUCAGAAGUGACAAAGUUUACAAAUAACCCCAAUUGUGUUUAAUAACCACUCCUAUUUUUUGUGUUAACCUUUAAAAUUUAUUUUAUUGUCCGUACUCUUCAAGGAUUAGGUGAAAUUAACAGAAAUAUAAUCUAUAUAAAUGUGUGUGUGUGUGUAUAUAUAUAUAUAUUUUUAUUUAUUUAUUUUUCCUUUUGUAAAGUCCUUUCUAAAUUAAAUCUUUAGUACAUUCUGAAUAGCCAGAGCAGGAUGUAUGGUUUUAUGUGCAAAAAUACCUCAUAAGUAACUUUCCCACUGUAAUUUGCAAUGUUUUAUCGUUUUUUUUUCUUUUUCUUUUUUUUUUUCUCUUUGUCUAGGUGAUGUCAAACUAGAAUCUGUUUCUUUAAUGGAGCAGCUAAGGGGAGAGGCUCUGAAAUUUCAUAAACCUGGUAAGUGUUGGCUACGGAUAUGGCAAUUCAAUUUCCUUAAAGGACCACUGUAGGCACCCAGACCCCUUCAGCUCAAUGAAGUGGGCUGGGUGCCAGGUCCCCCUAGUUUUAACCCUGCAGCUGAAAAGAAAGCAGUUUCAGAGAAACUGCAAUGUUUAAACUCAGGGUUAAUCCAGCCUCUAGUUGCUGUCUCCCUGACAACCACUAGAGGCCGCUUCCUUAAUUCUCAAUGUGAAAAUCGCACUGAACUCUCACAGCGCGAGUUCAGAUCCCCAUAGGAAAGCAUUGAGUAACGCUUUCCUAUGGGUGGUUGAAUGCGUGUGCGGCUGGCUCCACUCGGGAUCUGACGUCAGCAGGGGGAGGAGAGGUCACCAGCGCAAAGGUGCUGGAUUAAGGUAAGUGGCUGAAGGGGUUUUAACCCCUUGAGCCCAGCAGGAGAGGGGAACUGAGGGUGGGGAGGGACCUAAUAACCCUAAAGUGCCAGGAAAAUUAUUAUUUUUUUUUUUUGGCACUAUAGUUCUCCUUUAAAGAAAAGUAUGUUACUGCGAUGAUUUUUGCUGUAGUUUCUCUUUAGCCCCUUAAGGAUGCAGGCAAUUUUCCAGCUUUAAGAGAACCACAAAAGUCACCCAGACCACUAUAUCUCAGUGAAGUGGUCUUGGUGCAGUUGCCCUGUCAAUGUAACCCUGUAAUGUAAAAAAAAUUACAGUUGUGUAGAAAUUGCUUUGUUUUCAUUGCUGGGUUAAACACACUUCUAGUGACACCCACUAAAGGUGCUUCCUGAGCAACAACAGAGUGAAAGUCAGUCAAGUGACCAGAUGCAGCUCAUAGGAAAGCAUGAGUGAUUGGGUGCAUGCAUAUUACAUCUCCAAUGUUCAUCCAUGAGGAUUGUUGAAUUUUGCAACACCACCACAAUGAUGGGUGGCAGAGCAGCAGCAGUACCAAGGAAGUCUUGGUGCUGGAAAAAAGAUUAGUAAAACCUCUUAUAUUACAAAUUUUAAUAGAUCAACAGAAAUAUAGUCUAUAUAAAUAGCAUUGGAAAUACAUCUUUGUAUUCCAAACGCUAUAGUUUUAAUUUCACGUUUUUUUUGAGGGGGGGGCGUUGGAGGUUUAGUAAAGAACAGAAAAGGCUUUCUUUAUUCAUAUCUCCUUCUAAUUGCUCUCCCCCCAAAUAAUUAUUUUAAUAGUUAGAAGGCUAGGAAGCAUGUAUAAAGACAUUAUUCCAAGCCCUCUGCAUAGGGUAGACAAGAUUGUUACUUCCCAGCUCUCAUACACACGUAUACUGCAUCAUCACGCACACACGUUUCGGCUUGCCAUAGAGAAUCAUUCCAUACAAUGCUUUUCUAUGACAAGAGAAUGCUUGGCAGAUUGCAGCGUGUCGCUAAAGCACCUAUGUCUAUGUGGAGCACUGAAUUGGACCGUCAUCCUGAAGACACGCCUCCAAAAUAGCAUCAUGAGAGGACUGCAAUGCUGAGGGAGAUUCGCUGGAUAAAGGGUGGGUAAUUCAUUUCUAUUUUUUUAUUUUUUUUAUUUAUUUUUUAAACAUUGCCCCUCCCAGGGGGUCCUAAACAAUUUGGGACAUUGAGAUUAUAGUGUUUGGAAAACAGGUUUGCACUCCUAAAGCUUUGUUUCUUGAAUUUUUGGUAGUCAAUACAUAACUCGAAUAGUACACCUACCCUAGCCUUAAUCUUUCACGAGCUCUAACUCUAAAACAACCUAAACCUUUACCCUACACUAAUCCCAACUCACACAGUACAGUGCUCACUUUGAGCGCUGCAUACAGCCCAUCCAUCUUAGGCCACUAAAUAUGGCCCCUGUUGACAAUGAGGAAGCCCUGGUAUCAAUUCAAAGGAUUGUCCAUGUCAUUCUAACAGCUUUAUAGUCCACUAUAUUGCCAUCAUGUUUGUAUUUUCCUGGCUAGUCCACAUAAAACAAGUACCUUAAAAACAUUAUUAUAAUGAUAUUUCUUUCCAACUUUCAUUUUAAUGUCGACUGGUCAGAACAUUUGCUCUUUUGUUUAGAAAGUUAGUCUACUUUUAAGUAAUGUAUCUGCACCGUGCCUACAGGUGAAAAUUACAAGACAGAAGGAUACAUCAUUACUCCAAACACCAUGGAUCUACUGAAGAAACAUCUGGAGAUCACUGGGGGACAGGUGAGGUGACCUAAUGACUAGUAAUGUUCCCUUUACAACAGCAACAAUCAAACCUUCAUGUGUGAAUAGAGACUUAAGAAGUAACGAACGUUCUAGUAAUAUUUCUCAGGGCUUUUUCUGUAGUCUGGAAAUUACCCUAUUUAUAAUUAGACAACCAAUACUGCUUUUCUUGCUUCUAAGGCUUUUUUAAUGCAAAUUAAUAUUCCGAGCCAAGUCAUUUGUGUAGACAGCUGGUUAGUUUGCAAAAUUGUGGUUUAUGAUGCAUGAAAAAAAAUAUUGUUUUCUUGCACAACCUUUAUACCCGUCACAAGUAUUUUCUAGGCAAGAGUGGAUCACAGUAACAAAUUAAUAAAAAUAAAAUACAUUUCUGAAUUUUGUUUCUAAUAGCUUCUUAUUUACAGUUUUGUACUGUGUACUUUUGUUUUUGUUUACUCACUAAGCAUGAAAUUCUAGAGAAUUAACAAGCACAUUGAAAAUAUGAUGUUCAAAGGCCCAAACUUUGUAUUCCCCUUUAAAUGCAUUAAAAUGCUUUCAGAAGUGCUGUCUGUGGAGUCUGCCACACAUUUUGAGGUAUUCUAACACAAAAUGUCCUGCAGGCAAUUACAGAACUUUUUUUAUUUCUAGAUCAGAACUCGGUUUCCUCCAGAACCAAAUGGGAUCUUGCAUAUUGGUCAUGCUAAAGCGAUCAACUUCAACUUUGGUUAUGCAAAGGUAAGUGAAGAAUUUGUUCAGUUUCUUUGUAUAGUUUUUACUAUUAUUUAUAAAGCACUGUACAAUCUAGUGCUGCAACCUAUUCCUCAAUUUGACAGGUAAUCAAUCUUCUAUAUUUUAACAGUAACAUUACAAUAUUAUAUGAACAGUGUAGAUUAGUAAGCAAUAGAAAACCGUUAAAAUGAAUCUCAUUACAAGUUAGGUUUUUUGACUGGUUGUCAUCCAAACCUUCUAAAUAUAAACAAGUUAAUGCUAGUGUGCUUAUUAGAGGUAUGCAAGGAACAUGCACUGUUUCAGAGAUAGAACCAUGCUUUAGGAUUUCCUUACAGCAUGGUCAUAUUCCAUUUUAAGGCUUUGUACCAAUGUCCGCAUAUAUCUGUACAGGCAAACAAUGGGAUCUGCUUCCUGCGAUAUGAUGAUACAAACCCAGAGAAGGAGGAGGAGAAGUAUUUUACAGCCAUUAAAGACAUGGUAGAGUGGUUGGGUAUGUAGCUCCGAGAUAUUUUUAAUUGUUUUUAUUUUAGAAAUCAGAUAAAAGAUGCAACUCUAUAGCCUUUAAGAUCUCUUUAGAAGAUAUUAAAUGAUUUUGUCCCAGAGCUAGUAUUAGAAUACUCAUGAUGCUGAUUAACCUUUUAUGAAUGUAUGGAUCUCCUGAAAUCUACUUUAUAGGGGAAUUGCUGGAUUGACUUUAAUGCAUUGAAGAGCAUUUGUUUUCCCUUAUUCCUAUGGUGACACUUGAAUGUUUAGUUAAUGUUGGAUAAUGUAGAUUUUCACAUUUUAGUCUAUUGAUUAAUGGCGAUAAAAUUAAUGUUAUUGUGUAGUUAAAGGCUAAGAUAAGCACAACUGUUACUAUAAUUUGAAUUUAGCCCUCAUCAUUCUCAGCCAGCCUUUACCAAGCACCCUUCGGACUCCUUAACCACAAAUUUCAUUUAUUUUUUAACUUUGUUCUUGUGUGCAUUUCUGAAACCCCUCAGAUUUCUUUUUCUGUGACUUCUGAGACAAGAAGAGAUGCCAUAGUAAACCUGUGAGAUUUCCAAUGUGCAGAGAUCCAUAUUCUUGGCUUUGUUUAAUUUCACAUCUUGCACACAUGCUAUAAAAUAAACCAAUGACUACAAUUGUUGGCUAUUUUUUUAAAGUUUUUUUUGUUAGAGGUUUAUAUUUAGAGUUGGCUUCUUUACAAUGGCCUGCAAAUAGUAGCAUGCUUCUUCGCAGUUUAUUCCUGAUGGUUUUCAAGUACAAAGCCGGGAAGAUCAAAUACAAAUUAUUAUACACAGCAGGUCAUGUGCUGACAGUAGCAGUAAUUUGGGGGUAAGCUCCUUAAAAGAACACUGGAGGAGUGAAGUGUCUUGACUCUCCUCCUUUCUUUCUCCUGAAUAUCAAUUAUCAAUAUUAAUUUAUCUUUCCAACAUCCAUGCUUAAAGAGUAAGGGAAAUAGAUUUAAAUAUGGGGCAAAUAAGUAAAGAUAAAAAGGGAUGUAUUUAAAUGGGGGGCAGAUACAUUAUUGCUACUGAAGGUCUCUAGGGAUGGAUAAUUACAUUAUUUUCUUUCUAUUUGGGGUUUCAUCCCUUAAAGCCCCUUCCCCUUAUCCAUAUAGAGCAAACCAUGGUAUACUCCUUAGUAAAGUACUGUCAAAUAUAUUCUGUGCUCAUUUAUUUGGGGGUAGGAUGCAUUUUUUCCCUAUCAGGUCCAGCAGUAAAAACAUCCUUAGUCACCCUUUGUGUAGAUGAUAUUAGGAACUCUUCCUUGCCUUAAAUGCCAUAUCUUCUUUAGAUUGACAUUUAAAGUAAACCCAUACAUCGAUCACCAUGUCCGUAUGACUUGUCAGGUUAGAAGGUGCCCGAGAACAAAAUGAUGUAAUGUUUGAGGUGGGGAACCAUGGGCAUGUGCUAAAUUAAGGCUGAAGGGACUCCGCGUGGUGUUACAUUUUUGUGAAACUAUUUUUCCUUUAUCUGCUGUCACAGGAUACAAGCCCUAUGCAGUGACGCACGCUUCGGAUAACUUUGGCCAGCUGUACGAUUGGGCUGUGGAACUCAUUAAGAGGUGAACAGAGGGGCCUAAGUUGUGGGAAAUGUGAUCCUGUGGGGAGACACGAGACUGUAGGAAUUCAGGUUGUUAAAGGAUUACUAAUGCCCUAAAAUAAGUCUGCUUAUGUUGCAUCACUUUCCUACCUGAUAGGGAAACCCUAUGGGGGUUGUGUUUUUUUUUGUUUUUAAAGAUGAAAUAACGUUUUGAAUUUAAAAUGGUGAAGAGCUAAGCUGCUUAUGUAAAAGUUUUAUAAAUUCUAGAUUUGAACAUUAGAGGCAAGCUCUGCAACUACUUUUGUAUAUCAGUACAUCUAAGUCUUGUUCUUUAACACUAAGAAAUAAAUAUUAAAAAUAGAUUCUACCACCUAAUUGAGCCAUGCAUUUCCUGUCAACUGUUAUAUGUAACUCGCCUCUGCUCCAUAAGCUUGUCAAAAAUAAAUACAUUAUUACACUUUAAUGUUUCGUUAAAGUUCAAUUUGAAUAAUUUUCUAUAUGGGGUGAAACUAGGACUUGAUGCUCGAGGCCAGGUGAAGACCAAAUAAAGACUCGUUUAAUAUUUUCUGACAUUAGAAUGGAGUGAGGGUUCUGAGUCAGUGCUGGAUUUUCUCUGUAAUAUAGGGUUAACAGGAAAUGUUCCAUUGUUAAUUCAUUGAUACAGAUUGUAUUGCUUGCUUUUUUUCCAGGGGUCACGCAUAUGCUUGUCACCAAAAAGUGGAUGAAAUUAAAGGUCACAAUCCCCCACCAUCUCCAUGGAGGGAUCGACCGAUCGAAGAAUCCUUACUUUUGUUUGAGGUACAAUAUUACUUACAAAUAGCAUUGUGUCUGAAACUUGUGAUUCAAUUUUAUUGUAUGUAGUCUGUAAUGUUCAUAUAGUUGACUAGUGAUGCUCGUUCUUGGAAAGGCAGUUUUCAAAAUGCUUUCUGAGUUGGUACACUACAGGUUAAAAAAAAAAAAUAGAAAACGGUUAUCCAGAAUAAAGAUCCACAUUCCUCCACUAGGUGAAUAAAUGAUGCUACUCAUGUUUCAUUAAAUAGCAAACUGUUAUGUAAGUUAUGUGGCCUGGUCAAAGUGUCAUGUUGCUAUACAUCACAGGAAUGCCAGUGGCCAUUAGUUGCCCAGUGUUUGGCAAAAUGUUCCAAAAUGUUACUCAACAGAGCAUUUCCUCACUCAGUUUAAAUCAAAUCGUGAAAAUAUAGGAAUAUAAUUCACCAAAGGAUGCUGCUCUAAUGACCAUAUUCCCUGGAAUUUAUGGAAUUUAAUAAAAUAUUGAAAAUGCCUAAUUUCUUUUAAAUUUACAUUAAAGAUUUAGCGAAUGACAUCAUAAUCCAGUUCAGGCAAGGCGAAAACCAUGGUAACCCAUUGCAAAUGAAGAGGAUAAAUGGAAACCUAGUUUAAUUUGUCCUCUUCUCAGUAUGCUUUCCGUAUUCUGACUGCCAGGUGUAAAUGACAGAGCUUAUGACAAUGAUUGACAGGGAGCUAAGAGUCUGUUAUAUAAAAAAUGUAUUCUGGUGACAUCUCAAAUAGGUAAGCACAAUAAACCGUCUUUCCUUGAUUUAAAAUAAAACAAGGGUCGGGGGGAAUCUCUCUUCAAGCCAGUUAACAUACUUAUGAAAAGUAAAUUGCUUUUUAUUGUGUUAUUAAUUGAACCUGCCGUAUGUUUUGCUCAUUUCUGGUUUAGAGCCCCUUCCAGUGGAGGACAUGACUUAGAGACAUUGUAUUGUUAAGAAUAAAUAUUUGUAUUCCUAAUGCUAUCGUUUUAAUGUCCCUAGUUAGUAAUAGGCCCCCCAAUGAGCACUUUAAAAAGUAGCAUCUGUUUACUUAACUUUUCUCCAGCACACUCUUCCUUGGUGCUGCCGUGGGCGGCUCCUUCUGUAAUAUCAUCCUUGAGGCGUGCCUCUAGGAUGACUGUCCACUCCAAUGCACCUCACAGAAGAGCAUUAGGUCAUUUUGGUGCGUGUGCGGCGCUUGCCAUGAUCCGACUAUUAUUUUGCCGUAGAGCAGAGCUUCCCAAUUGGUGUUCCGUCCAAAUUUCUGAAAACAAAAUGGCCGCGGGUGGCGAGUGAGCAGUGAUCUCCCUGCUCAGCUCCCUCGCAUGCACAGCAGUGAUGCUGGAGCCGGAAUAUGACGUCGCUCCGGCAUCACUAAGAGGCGCGCGAGGGAGCUGAGCAGGGAGAUCACUGCUCCCUCGCCGCUCAGCAGCCCCACUGGACCCCUGGGACCACACUCUCAGCCCAGCAGUCUCACUGGACCACAGGGACAUAGAGACUCCAUGCCAGCACUCCUAAAGGUAGGGAGGCUGAGUGGAGUAAAAUUUCAAAAAUAAAUAAAAAUAAUAAAUUGUAUGUGUGUCUGGGAGUUUGUGCUUUUGUGUUUGUCAGUGAGAGUGUAUAUGUGUUUGUAUGUGUGUCUGUAAAAGAGUAUGUGUGUCAGUGUAUG